CGAACAUGGCGGAGCGCGGCCAGCAGCCUCCUGCUAAACGGCUCUGCUGCAGACCAGGCUUCAGCUCGGCUUGCAGGCCCGGGCAGCGGACGGGCGGAGCCUCCUGCGGGGCCAGCGGCUCCUCCCACGGCCUGUCCGGCAAGACACAGAACCCGGAGUCCCUGCUGGACAUCGCGGCCCGCAAGGUGGCCGAGAAGUGGCCCUUCCAGCGGGUGGAGGAGCGCUUCGAGAGGAUCCCGGAGCCCGUCCAGCGCCGCAUCGUCUACUGGUCCUUCCCCCGGAGCGAGAGGGAGAUCUGCAUGUACUCGUCCUUUAACACUGGUGGGGAGGACGGGGCCCCCGGAGCGGUAGGGGCCCCGGGAGGAAACAACGGGGGAGCCGUCACCACAGCGGCAGGCUCGGCCUCGGUCACUGCCCCAGCGGCCGUGUCAGCAGCAGCAGCAGCAGGCGGGGAGAGCAGCGACGAGAACAGGCUGCCCUUCCGCCGGGGCAUCGCUCUCCUGGAGGGCGGCUGUGUGGACAAUGUCCUGCAAGUGGGUGAGUGGCUGCUGCAUGCAUUGUGCUGGAUGGCUAGCUGGGCUCCCUGGAUGGCUAGCUGGGCUCCCUGGAUGGCUAGCUGGGCUCCCUGGAUGGCUAGCUGGGCUCCCUGGAUGGCUAGCUGGGCUCCCUGACUAUGCAGCUGAUCAUGCGUGUGAUGAUGGUGUGAUAUGGGGGGCUGGAGCUGCCCCUCUCCUUCCCAGCUCCCCUCCUUCUCUUCCUCCUCCUAGGGAGAAGCCCAGCAGCACCCCCUCCCUCCCAGCAGCACCCCACCUCCGGGAGAUAACAUGUAGGAUCAGAACAAAGAGAGGAAUUUAAAGGGCAGCACACAAGGAGGGGGGUUUAAUCAUGCACACACUCAAUGCAGCCCAUACCCAGCAUACUGUGACUGGGUUUCCUGUUUUGCUGGAAGAGCUUGUUAUAUGUUGGCUUUUUUUUUUAUUAUUAUUCCCCAUCCUCUCAUCAUUUGUUGUUUUUGGCUACCCCUGUAACCAUCCUCCUACCUGUCACUGCUAGUUUACAUUGUGCUGUGCAUGUCAUAUUGGUGUGAAGGGGGUGGAGGCUAUACUGUAUUCCCCUUCUGUCUUCUCUGCUGCUGAUGGUAUUUUUUGUUUUGUACAGAAGAAAUGCUUUUGUAAAUGGGUGGUGUAGAGAGAGGACUAGAUCUCCCCCCCCCCUUAUUAUUAGGAAUUGGGGGAAUGGUUAAUGUGAGGUUGCUUCUGUGUUGUCUAUAAAGGACUGGAUUGUUGUUGAUGCUGUGCUCAUUAAUUGCCUGGAGGUGUCUUGGAUUUGGGUGUCUGGGAGAAAAGGGAGGUCACACCUCCUGGUGGGUUGCACUGCUUGAUUGCUUGGAGGUGCUUGAUAGGAUUGUGUGUCUGUGAAAAAGCAGAGGGGGGACUAGUCACACACCCCUGGGCUGUGCUGCUGCAUUGUGCCAGCCAGCUCAGAAUGCAGCCCAUUCUUGUCAGGACAAGGGAGUGGAGUGAAAACAAUACCCACCUUUCAUGUACCCCUUACUCCCCUCUUUAUCCAGUAAUUUAUUUGUGUUACUCUAUACAUUCUGAUUAUGCAUGUCAUGGUGACACCCUUUCCUACUUAUUUUGCAAGGACAAAACCUCCAAUCAUAAAAAUCAAUAUAUAAGCCUUUGUAAAUAAGACAGCAGUGUACGUUUUGCAUUUCUAUUCUGGCAAAGCUUUGAAUUGUUUAUCGCCUCAGUGUGUGGGCUAAAAUUACUGACACAAUUCAGCCUUUUCAUAAGUGAAAUUUUUGUUUUAACCCUCUAAUGUUCCAGAAGGGUAUUAGUGCUUAUUAGAUGGGGCAGAUUUUAAACCCCAAACUAGUUUACCUAUAUGCUGGUUGUGAGUAUCAAAUAGCUGUCAUUCAUUCCCAUUGAAAACAUUGUACUUUGUUCUCGUUGUCGUGUUUGUCUUUUCUGUUUUUUGUUUUUUUUUGUCACCCCAUCUAAAGAAAGCUAAACAAAGAAGCUUCUUUUAUUUCUUUUCAAUGCCUGUUAAAUAGAGCAGACUUGACAAAGACAGCAAUACUGAUGACCCAAAGCUGCAGUUUUUUUUUUUUUUUUAAAGUGGCCCUAAAUUAGAAAAUAGGUUUGCCUGUGUGCAUUUUGUGUUAAAGGGCAUGUGCUGACUUCAAACAGUACAUAUAAUAUUAACAAGGUAUAUCAUGCUUAUUUUUCUUCUGCUGUCUGCAACAUAAUUUUCCCAUCCUUGGAAGGAAUUCAGAUCCCAUUUUAAUCCAGUCUGUCUGCACUUCAUUUGAAUUCUAAUGCAAUCUGCAAACGUGAUUUUCUGCCUGAUAAUUUCUUUUCUGGACACAGCCAGGGUUGCUCUUAUCUGGGCUCUGUGCCUUUCCAUCUGCCUAGAGGGCCUUCUGAAUUGACAAAGCAUAGUUAUUUCCUUUUUAAAAAUUUACCUAUUUUUUGAUUAUUUUUCUUGCAGUUUUGAAAAAGGUAUAUUUGUGGUAGCUGUCAAGAACCCACCUCCAUGGCAUUGCCGUGGGUUUUGUCUGUGCUCGACUCUGCAUGCAAGCAAUGAGGGAUGACAGGCGUGCACACUGGGAGGGAUUUUUGGCUGAUUGCAUUUAAGCAAGGAAUUCAUUGUAAAAAUAAAGCCAAAGGGCAAUAAAUAAAAGAUGCAAUCUUCUCUUGGAGACAUACUCACAAGCCAAGGAUGCAUUUGCUUUCAAUGGUAGGAGGCCCCUUCUAGAGGCUAUGCACUUCAUUUUGUUUUCUCUAGCAGUAGAAAAGAAAAUGUCUUUAGUAGGCCUGUGGCUAAGCCUAUGUGGGGGUGAGUUUGUAUUCAACUAGUUCUGACAAUUUUGCAUUUCAUUGCAUUCAGAUAGUCUCCAAAGUCCUAUUGGAGUAUCGGUUUAUAUAAAAUAUGGUUAUUUGCAAUUAACCAAUUGUCACCCUAAAUUAAUAAAUAUAAACCAGUAUUACUAUAGAGAUAUAUAUAUAUAUAUAUAUAUUGUUUGUGUGUUCAUUGUGCUCUGUUGUAGAUGUACUCUAAAAGUUAACGCUAUGAAAAUCUUUGGACUCCUCAGUGUGUGAAUGAUUACGAAAAAAAAACACUCAUGUCAUCAAGCAGCUGACAAACUAUCAUAAUUCUGGCAGAGAUUGUUGUACUUCAACAGCUGCAGGGAGAACACAUUUUGACUCCUUUGAAUCAGGGACUGAGAUUUUAGCAUUGUUUUAUGCAUAUCUGGUGGUUUAAUUCAUUCAGUGAAAUGAUUAAAUCUAUUUCUCAGCCUUGUGAAGGUGUUUGUGGAGAAUUUUUAUUAUGUGCUAGUACAAUUUACAAUUACAUACAAGACUAUUGGGCAGUGCAUAUUCUGCAAUGACUAGGAAAUCUAAUUUUUAAAAUGGAACUUUUUAUUUAAAUUGAAGCAUUGUGUGACGGAAACAGGGUAUGCUUUUUCACCACACCCCUUUGUUAUCAGUAGGGAUUCUGCAGAUAAAACCUUGAUUGUUCCUUCUGGAAAGAACCAACUGGUCCAUCUAGUCUGCCCAUUAUCAGGCCUUGGACUCAUUUUGUUGAUUUGUUCUUUAGAAUUACAGUGUUCACAUCCUUUUCUGAAAAUCCCCAAAGUAACUUCAAUAAAGAAGGCAUUUGGUGUCAUCUUGUCAAAGGGAGCCUUUUGCACCAAUACAUUGACAAACAAUCAUGUUUGUAUGGAUUAACUUUUUCAAUGCAAUGUGCUCUUGUCUGGUACAGAAAGGAUUAAUUUAACAUCAAUGCACUGUUUUAUUUUAUGCUUUUUUUUUUUUUUAAAAUAUAUAUCUUUAUUAAUAUACAUUUUGUCACUCCAAAUACCGAACAUCCUACCUUUUUAGAGUGAGUGAGCAUUUUUGAAGGUGUGUGUGGAGAUGGUUUGUUUAAAGGGUGGAUGCUGUUUGCAGACUAUGUACCUGGAAAUGUCUAGGAGAAUGUGACUUCCAGGCUAUGGUUAUAUACACAUGGUGGGGAUGGUAAAUAAAGCUGUGUUCAAGAUACAGAAGUGCCAUUAUCUUUAUUUAGACAUGGAUGUUUGUUAAUCAUGGAGGAACUUGGGGUUUGAUAUUGUUAGUUUGUAACUGGAAAGUCCUACAUAUAUCUGCAAUAUGUUUUUAUUUAUUUAUAAAAUAUUUUACUAGGAAGGAUACAUUGCGAUUUCUCUUGUUUUCAAGUAUGUAUGACAAAUCUUAUUCUACAAACUUAUAACAAUGCAAAAAUGCAAAUGUAUAUAGCUAUCCUUGCAACCGAAAGAGUGCAUAUGUAUUAUCUUAAUAGAGUGCAAGGCUGUUUUUGUUGUGAUUUUGCUCGUAAAAAAAACAAAAAACUUGUCUUGUCCUUAUGAACAUAUUUUAGAUUUGUUCUUUGUUUUUAUAUUUAUUUGUCUUUCAGUAUAUAAUGAGCAAGUGAUUAUUAUCUGCAUUCUGUGAAAGGUUAUUGCUGUCAAAUCUAUACCAGGGUGGUUCAGCUGCCGGCUGAAUGCAGCCAGAAGGUUUUUUAAAUCCAUACGUUCAGCUGUAUCACAUCAUUAAUUUAAUAUCCUUGGCACAUGAGUAAGAAAGAUUUACUGACUACCUCAUUAAAAAUUCGGACAACACUCUUGUAGACUCUUAGUUAUAGGUUUUCUUAAUUUAGCUUCAUCUUGUUGCUGAUUUAUACACCACAUGGUUGACUACACCUGACUAGGCCAAUUUCCUUUCCCUUGGAACAUUCACAUAUAAGGGGCAUAUUGUAUAGGGUAUCUAUAGUUUUUAUUACAUUUUCUUUUUUGGCAAGUGUUCAGUGUAUAACUGUAUUAGCUAAAAAAAAAAUAUUGGUCAUGUAAUAUUUUUUUCUCAAUAUUUUACCUUGAAAAUUACAGCUUUCAUAAAUUCAGUUUUUAACAGUUUAAGAAGGUUUAUACUAUAUAUAAAAUACUCUUAUUGAAAUUGGCCGGUGCUGUAGAAAUUGCCAGAUCUUAGUUAAUGUUGGAAAUAAAAUACAGUUGAUAAUUCAGUUUGUUUGAGCAUACCGUUGGCACAUUACCUGCAUGGUUUGAAUGUAUUAGUUUUUUAUUCUAUUUUUUUAUUUCGUUUAAAGUGGAUGUAUUCCGGUACCUGCAAUAUUGCCAGUUUGACAAAUUUUAUAAUGAAUCCAUUGUUGCAUUGUGACAUGGUUUUAUCUUAUUUACAAAUACUAGAUUUGUUUAAUUUACACAUUUUUGUAGCAUCUGCUGUUAAUAAAGUGGCUAAUCUGUAACUAAAGUUUAAUGUAAUACUUUUUGGCUUUGAUUAAUUGGUAUAUUGACAGGCACACUGUCAUGAAUCCAUAUUUUAGUUUAACUUUUUGGCUAUAUAGAUAAUUUUUCUCCUCCUUCCUUUAACAUUAACUUGUUGCCACAUGUACGUGUUAGUUGCAGCUGAUAUGAAUCUGUUCAGUUUUACCAUUAGGAAACCAGUGUUGCAAGAUGGUGCAAUACAUCACCUUAUAGAUGCUUGACUUGUUAAACAUCUCACACCUUAAUACAUAUUCCUAUUGUCUCUGAUGUCUUGCUUUCAGGUGUGCAUGAUGUUUAACACUACCUUGAUGAUUCACAUGCUUUCUUUGCUUUAUGUCCUUCGCGGUUUCAAAUUUAAACAUGCUGACUUUUAGUCAGAAAUUGUCAGCCAGGUGGCAGUUUGUUAAAAAAGGUUUUUUUUCAUACAGUUCACUAGGCUUUUUAAUACUUGGGACAUCGGGUAAAGCGAAUAGUAACUAUGAUGUAUAUUACUCUCCUGAUGUGUGGAUGAAAUUGAAGGUGAUCACUGAGGGGAGGGCAGAGAUGACUCAGACUUGUACGUUAAACUAGCAGCUGAAGAAAACUUAAGCCUAAACUUAAUGGCCACAUUAGAGCAGUCAAAAUGUAUGUACUUGAUUUACUUUCAUUCAUGGGUUGUUGACUAAAUUGUCAGGAAUUCAAAAUUAAUUUUAAAUUAAAGGUCAAAAUUGCCAAACCUCAUACAUAGCGAAUUUGAUAAUUUUGCAGAUUUUAUGGUUUCAGCCUGACAUUUCCAAAUUUACUUGAAAUUUACUUGUCAGCAUCUCUUCAUACUAAAAUGCACAGUAAUUAGCACAUAGUAUUUUGUCACAUUUGAAUUAGAACCCAGCAGUUUUUCCUAGUAAGUAUCAUCACUAUAGUGUCAGGAAAACAAACUCGUUUUCCUGACACUAUAUACUCCCACCCUCAGAGCCCCCCUUCCUUGGUGCUGAAGGGGUUAAAACCCCUUCAGUUACUUACUUUAAUCCAGCGCCGGGCUUCCUCGGCGCUGUUGACCUCUCCUCCCCCGCGUCAGCUCCUGAGUCGAGCGGAAUGCGCAUGCGCGGCAAGAGCCGCACACGCAUUCAAACAGUCCAUAGGAAAGCAUUUCUCAAAGCAUUCCAAUGAACGUUCUGCACGCUGGAUGCGAUUUUCGCAUCCAGCGGUGCAGAAGCGACUAUAGCGGCUGUCAGGAAGACAGCCACUAGAGGCUGGAUUAACCCUGCAAUGUAAACAUAGCAGUUUCUCUGUAAGCGCUAUGUUUACAUCUGAAGGGUUAAAGCCUGGCGGACCUGGCACCCAGACCACUUUAUUGAGCUGAAGUGGGUCUGGGUGACUAUAGCGUCCCUUUAAGGUCUUAGUUGUAUGCAUUGCGUUGUUUGAGAGCUCCUCCAGCUGUCUUCUCACUUCAGGUUUCCAUAGAUGCCAGCCAUUUCUUUUCAGCAUUAUGCUAAUCAUCGAAAAUUACUUGUGUUGCAUUUCCAUUAUUUGGUGACUAUUGUACACUCGGAUAUGAAAGCGUUCAGUCAAGUAAGUGUAUUUAAAAUCAUAGACAGGAGGCCAUAAAAAAUAUACAUGGUUUUGUUUUUAUCGUACUUAGUUACAGAAAAAUACAGAAUUGAGGUUUGGGAUCAACACUAAAGAUGGGUGACAAUUUUGAAUUUGUGCCUCACAGGUACUUGUCACCCUGAUCUGUUAACAGCUUUUACUCAAUGCUCUCCAUGGGAACUUUAUAACUGGUGUAGAUUCUUUCCUCACAUAGUACGAAAAGAUUUGCUUGGUUUGUAUUGAAAUAAGGCAAACAUCUUUGCCUAAAAGAGGAAAAAUAGGUGCACAUUAUUUCAGGAACAGGGUAAAAGGAGUGAAGACCAAUUUGUGCAUUUUAAAUAAUUUAUUGUCCUCAAAAUAUCAAGACUUUCAUAUUAAUGAACAUUUAAAAAUGAGUUCAAGGGUUGUAUCUAUCAAUAUAUAGACUUAGCAAUUGUAUUUCUUUCUAUGAAGCAGAUAGUGUUUAUGUAUUUUUCUGUGGACUAGGGAAAUAAUUAGCAUCAGUACUCUAGAGCUUCUAUUAAGGUUUAUUUCUGCUGUGUUGCCUAGGUACCUACUGACUAGUGACUGUAUUUUGUGCCUUGUGUGUAAGAGUUCAUGGGACAAUUAAACCUAAUACCACAUUUUAAGUCACAAAUGAAGUGAGUAACAACCUUACCAACAAUAAAACUUAAGGCCACAUUUUCUACUUUCUGCAUAGUUCAGUUGCGAUCGACACAUACCCUUACUGUUGUAAAUUCUUUGCUCCUUUGACAUCUUCAACAUCUCUAAAAGCACUCUUUUGGCACCUGCACCUCUCCAUUAAAGGACCACUAAAGUCUCCCAGACAACUUCAUCUCAAUGAAGUUGUCUAAGUGCAGUGGUUCUAUCAUUAAAUUGGGUAAUAGUAACAACCCCUGGAUGUUGGGCUAAGGUAACAUCCCCAGGAUGUACUUGAGAACCAGAGUAAUCUGAAUGUGCGUUUCCUGGUUAUAUACUUUGUUGUUGUUAUUAUUUUAUUAUUUGAAUGCUGCAAUGUAAAACACUAAACUUUGACAUCAGCAUUUGAUUGGAGGAGCGUGAUAUUUUGCCACACAUGUGUAUCUCCAAUCCAUUGCUUUUCCUUAUGAGAAACAUUGGAUUGGAGCAGAACUGUAGACGGUUGCAGCAGAGGAGUCCCAGUACUGAAAUGAGUUGAGUAAUUGUUAAUUUUAUUUUAUUUUUUAAAUCCUAGAGGUGGGUGGAUAGAAGGGAACCUAUAGUCCUAUAGUAGAUUGGUUCCCUUUAAUUCUCUGAGCUAUUCCAAGACUUUGUCCUUGGUUUCUUAUGCCUUUCCAUAUCCACCAUAUCUGUCACCUUCUUUGCAUACUGACAUCACAUAGAUUUAGCUCUCCUCUUAGAUCUACGGCCAUUACCUACUAUUUUGUACUGGGCACUAUCAAUCAGUAGACCGUAUCACUACUUUAAGCUGAACAAAGAUUAAUGUCUUACUAGGUACAAAUUAUGGGAAAAGGCGAGAUGUGACUGGGGACACUGCUUGAGGCUCUGUCAUCUGUCACAUUUUGCCAAAAAUCAACAAAUAUAUAAGGGGCUACUUUGUUGCAUGUCCAACUUUCACCUUUUUUGAAUGUCUGAGAAAUAACAAUCUGUGUUUUUCAUAAAGAUUCCAUCUUCAUAUAUUACAAGAAGCUUACAUGACAAUGCUGUUUUGAGUACUACAUUAUUUUACUCUUAUGUUAUAAUCACACAGCUAUCUCUUCUGCCAGCUUGAAUAAAGAAUGUACCUCCUGCAUGUUAAGGAAUUUCUAUUGCUUCUUGAGUCUUGUUCCCUCUACUGGUUUAAGGGACAAUCCUACUUUUUAUUUUCAGUUGUCUGCUCAUCGUUCAUGCACUGCCAUGCAAAAAACAACUUAAAGCAUUGUUUUGUGUGAAAUGGAACAGGAAACAGCUUACAAUUAAGGAGUCUUAAAGGCAGCAGUUGUACAUUCCUUUGCUUUGACUGCUUUUUAGGGUUUGGAAGGUUUUAUUAUUAAUUUAAGUCUCUUCGCUCUCCUGGCUUUAAGCUAGAUCACUAUGCAGCAGCAUGACUAGUACUUGAUUCAUCAUCAGCAAGUCUGAUGUCUGACAUUGUUUUUGUUAUGGAUAAAACCAAGACCUUCAUUGCUGUCAAUUCACGUUUGCAUAUUUUUGCAUCUGUUUUACUAACCUGGACUUCAUCCAUAAAACAAUGUAGUCUCUACUUUAUCUUAUGAUAUAUUUUGAUUGUUUUGGAAUUUUAAUUAAAUUCAUACUCUGUCAUUUUGAGUGAUUGAUACAGAUUCUAUCUUUGUUAAAGACAGGAAAUUGACAGUGGCGAUUAAAAGAUAAAGGUCUUGUCCUCUUGUCUGACUUCUGUGGUUAUGAAGGUGUCAUUUCAUGUGCUAUAUUUACUGGCAUGUAAAAUGUAGGAAAUCCUGAAAUAGGAAUGUUCGCGAAGCACUGCAUGUGUGAGGAAGUUUCAUUAGUUGUAAACUAGGACUUGACUUAAAGGAACACACUAUAGUGUUAGGAAUACAAAGCAGUAAUUGUAGUGUCCCUAAUACUGGACAGUAGAACCCUAAUUUUCAGUGUCGAAUUGAAGGAAUGUUACAGCUCAGAACAGUGUUAUUUGCUUCAUAUAUGGGCAUGUUUCCAUGGCAAUGUAGAAUGCUUACAUAAUUGGAGCUAAUGGUGACAUUUGUUUUAUCACAGCAGGCACCUUCAUGUAGUGUGAAGACUACAGUAGGGAAUGAGAACUCAAAACUCAAAAGUUAAGCAGCGUCAUACAUGAUGAAAAUCAUACAAAUAUAUUUCCUGGUUUAAAAAAUAUUCUGGUUAUAGAUUGUGUUGUUUUUAAUUAUAUUAGUUGCAAAUACUUGAUCUCUCACUGGGAAUUUCUUUGCCUUUGAACACUGUAGAGCACAGUGGGUCUUUGAGGACCUUCUUAGUUAUCAUGUUUCUGUUGAAAUAAAAUAAACCUCAAGGUUCUGUAUGUGCGUGUGUGUGCUGCAGCAUGUGUUUUUAUAUUUCAUCUCUGCCCCUUAAAAUAGGGGAUGAUGGUCUUAAAAUACAUGUUAAAAUUGACAUAUGCAAAUGCACUUGUGAGCUUUUGCCAAAAUAUAUUACUAAACAAUCAGUAUUUGAUUACAUGUUUUGUGAAAAGUAUAAGUAACCAUUUUUAUUUGUACAUAUGCUGAUUUUCAACUCACUUCCUCUACUUUAUACAUACAGUUUUCCAUGUCCUGAAAUUUAUUUAGCUAUAAACCUAGGUGUGCCACAGAAAUCAGUCCGAUAUCCAUCUAAACUUACACCUCUGUCAUUUAACAGCUCUGUGUGCUGAUCAUGCUGGGCAUUUCCCCAAUCCACUUACCUGCAUGUAGGUAUUUGCUUGAUGUACCUAAUUGUGCAUACCUGCCUUUAUAGCCAAUAUUACAAUAUUAGUACACAUCAGUGGUUUUUAUAUGUAUCCCAUAGCCAUUGGCUACUCUGCUCUUCAAGGUCACUCUGUAAUAGAAUUUGAUUACUUUAUGACUAAGCUCAAUUUGUUGAAAAUACAGGUAACCCUAACCCAUUAGUUGCAUGUGCAAACACCCACUUUGCUUUGCCCAAGUGAAACUUUUUGCCAGAAGUAGAGUGUGAUGGGAGUGCUUUGCGCAUAUUCGUUUCAAUGCUUGUGGGAAGUUGUGAAAUUCAGCUUAUUUUCCAGCCAUCUUUCACUGAUGUCAGCCUUCUAAACUCACUUUGUUAUCCAGCCCCCCUGCUGCCCCGAAACUGUUAGGCUCACAGCUGCUAUACAUUUAAAAUUCCAAAUAUUUUAGUUGAUGACACUUCUUUUUUGGUGACUAUAAUAAACCAUAUUAAAUGAAAACUGAUAUAUGUAUCUCUUUCUAUAUAUAAUUUUUUUUUUUAAACUUUACAUGUGUUAAUGCAUCUAUGAGUUUACUUAUAAGUUCUCUUUUCAGUUGAUUUUGUGGCAUACCAUUGCUGUAUGGUGACUGCCAUCUUAAUAUUAAAACGUACUGUUUUUCUUUAAGAUUCGUCAAUGUGUUAUUAGUUGCAGAAGCUUUAACUAGUCACCAGUCUUUUGGAUUUAUUUGGAGCUACAAUUACUCGAAGCCAAAACCUUUUGUUUGAGGCUUUCAUUUGUUUUAUCCACUUAUACCCAUGAUGUCUAACCUUUGAAACCCCAGCUGUUGUGAACUUACAUGUACCAUGACCAUCCAUUCGUCUGAUUGAACAUCGUGGGAGAUGUACACAACAGCUGCAUUGUCAACAAUUAACCAUCACUAAGUUAUUUAUUUCAGCACAAGGCUGAAUUGUUUUGCUGUGUCUAUUGGUGAACUACUAGCAUUGUCAGAUUUGCUUUAUUUAAUAAUUCCAUUAUGAGCAUGAGGGAAAUGCUUUCUAUAUAUUUUGGCUACUCAAUUCUUUUAAAUUCCAACUGCUAUAAGCAGCUUUCUGAAAAGAUUGUUCUAAAAGCUGUAAAACAAGCUCUCUGUAAAACAGUAUGAAGUUACUUAUGACAGGCACAGAGUUCUUUGGUUAAACACUUAACUUUUUUUUUCUGAUUAUACUUUAAUUGAAGUUAUCACCUAUAUUGUGGUUACCUAAUCUGCAGUGUGAACAAAACACAAAGGAAGUGUAGACAUUUCAUAUGGGCCCUUCUUACAGCGUUGUCAAAAUAUAUCCUCUCCUUGCUUCCCCUUCUGCCUUUGUGCCUGAUAUCCCAUAUCUCAGGGAAGCAGGAUCCCAUGUGACUCUCUUCUUCCUCUUUCCCCAUCACAAGCCACAUCCUGUUUGAUUGUAGAACUCUGUUGUAAGAUGUUCUCUUCCCUACUUCCCUUCCUUUAAUCUGACAUCCAUUUACUGUAUUUCUCCAGACUCUGUGGUGUCACUUUUCUUUGUUAACUCUUUGCACUCUGAGGAACACUUGGGUUUUCAGUGGUAUGACACAUCCCAAUCACUCCUAAAAAGUAUUUUUUUUUUUUUUUUUUUUGGUUGGAGAGGAGGCAACUGCCAGGAAAAAGAAAGGGAAUAUUUAAAGUGGAUUUUCAAACUUAUAAAACCCUAUAUUAAAUUAAAUUAAAUUAAAUUAAAUAAAUUCUAAAGUUUUUAAUUAUAUAAACCGUCCAUGUUUUUUCGUUUUUUUUUCUUUGUUUCUUUUUUUUUUUGGGUGUCAAGCAUGCACCUUGCAUUUUCCCUCUACUGAUAGGUAUCAUAUCUAGUUAAAUAUUGGAUAUAUUUAAGCCCCCACCCCUCAGAUUUCUGAAGUAAUAAGUGUGCACAAACAUAAUCAUAAGGAAAAAAACUCUAACAAGCCAUUAAAUAUUUAAGAAAUAAUUUAACAAAGCAUUUAAAUGCUAAUCAUGACCUGUUCCAUCUUGUAAAGAUUUAGAUAGCCGUGUCAUUGAAAAACUUGCUCACUGGUAAAGGGGUCACCUCAAGUUGUCCAGUUUUUGCACAUGGCAUAUCUGUCUGGUCUAGGAAACAUUCAGGAACCCUUGGAAUAUGGAAGAUUUAGCUGAUGAAUAGUGGCUUUUAGAGUUCAGAGGUUUUUUUUAAUCCUUAAAGCAGCAGUGCUCACUGCCUGGAAACCCCACUGACUAUUCAUAAAGUCAUUUCUUCUUGGCCGAACACGGACCUUUUUGUGAGCUGCUAACAGAACACUUCUACAUAAUGUAUUUGUUAAUAAUUCAAGACUCGGUGAGAGUAAACAAAAUCACAAUCAAUGCUCUUUUUGUAUCCCAGUCACUAUUUUUAAGAUAAAAUGGUUAUUUAAACCAGAUGAGUGUCUGGCUCUAGAGGGUCUAUGCAGGAGGGGCAUGUGGCAUACAAUCCAUGCUGUAUUUUCUUGACUAUGACAUACUUUUUUAUGUUUUGGGAGAAAAAUGACUGACUUAGUCUAAAUGCUCACAAACCCCUUAAUUGCCUUCUUCUAAAUGUUGAGUGAUUAAAAUAAGGUGUCAAUGUUUUUUUCUUUUUUUUAUUAGUUUACAAAUCCAUAUCCAUAUUUUAUGAGUUAUAGCAAGCCAAAAUUUUAUUUCGCAACAAUAUUGAAAGAAGGGGAAAAUGCACCUUUUAUCAUCUCUUGCCCUUUGUUUUUACUGGAUUGGAUUUGGAAGCAGGAAAUGGCUCCCUGCGUAUUUGUGUGUACAUAUAUUUAAAUAGCUUAUGCAAGACAAUAAGGACAUUAAUGCAAAUACUUAGGAUUGUGGCACUGUCACAUGAGUCUUUCCAUAAAAAUCGGCUUGAAACAAUGUCGCUGGAUUAAUGUUCUUCUGAGUAAGCUCUGCUAAUGUUUUUCAUUGUGGAAGAAACCAUCUUGGAAUUUCAUCAGUUUUCAAAUCCUCUGUGACCAUUACUGAUAAACAGAAAUUGCAAAAGGUUGCCAAUGUGCAGGAAGCAGGAAAUGAUUCGUUGAACUCUAUGAUUGUGUGAGCAACAUGCCACAGUCAGCUGAAAAUUAUCUUAAAGGAAAAUGUUCGUUUUUAUUGCAAAUAAGAUUUCAUAUAUUGCAUUCUUUGUGUAGUAUUUUUAAUUCAUACCGUAUGAAUAAAUACCGGUAACUAUUUUUUUGGUGCAUUUCCCAUGUGGGCAGCCAUAUAUAAGGCCUCUUUGAUGUUAAGCACAGCUUCACCUACGAAAAAUGUGCAGAUGAUCAGGAGCCUAAUGUAUGGUUAUGAAUCCUUUCGUUGUGUGGUUGUGCCAGGCAAAUUGUAAUCUGGGAUCGUUUCAGACAUUAAAAUUCCAUUAGCCGAUAUAUGGCUUUCCUAACAAGAGGGGUAAAGAUGGUUACUCCUCAGAUCAAGAGUUUGUCAAGGAAUAUAAUAAAGUAAUGUGUACUAAUUACAAAUUAAUGUUCAGAAAGGUUAUUACAUGUAAACAAUUAUCUUUUAUAAUCUUUUAUAAUAUAAAAAUACAACUGUUUUCUUAUAGCACACAUAGGUAACAUAUGAUCGAAAAUCACUUUGAACAUAGAAUGAAGUAUUGGAUGCUACUGCACAAACAGGCUCUAUAGUGGAAUUAAGAGUUUUGUUAUUGCUUUCACAGAUGUAAAAACUCUAAAACAAGCAGGUGGCAUGCACCACAAAUGAGAAAAUGUCAAUAAGGUUAACAAAAAAAAAAGCCCUAUUAAUGACCGGCUCCAUUGCAUGGAGUAUCUUGAGUUAUUGUUAGUAAGAGUGUGCAAUAUAGGUCAAGAAAUCUGCUAGAGAGGAUUAUGCUCAAUAGUUUAUUACAUCAAUGAUAGUAGACAUGUAAUCUGCAUAAACAUGGACGAUGGGGGAGGGGAUUUGAAUCCUCACAAGCAAACUAAGUGAAGUCAAAGUGGUACCCAAAUUAAUCUAGUUUGGUUAGUCAGAGUUGAAAAUAUAGUCUUUAUAUAAGAUUGUAUAUCAUUAUAUUAGAAAACAAAAAUAAACCUUCGAGCUGUUUUAAUUAUUAAAUUUUUUGGGAGGUGGGGGGAGCAUGUACUUAUACUAAGCUGUGCUCAAGUCAUGUAUCCAGCCAGACAUCUCUUCAUAGCCUUUUACCAAUGUAAAUGUAACCUCUGUUUCUCAUUUGGUUGAUAACUAUAGGUGUAAGGUCAAAUAUGUGCCAUAAAUGUCUGUUUUAAAGCGGGUUGACAUUUAGAGUAAAAGUAGUUUUGUGCAUGACUGAACUAUUAGAUGUUUUAGAGAUCUAUAUAGUUUUCCUUUUCUGUUGAGUCAUAGAAUAUUUAGAUUACGGGUCGACUUUAACAGGAUGUCACUAGUAAAGUGCAGUGCUUAAUAACACCGAUUUAAAAAAAAAAAAAAGCUAAAUUCUUCCUUUUUAAAAAUCUAUUUUAAUUGGCAAAAUCAUAAACCCCCAAAAACUAUUGGUGCAUGAUAUUGUGUAACAAAUAUGGGCAGUUGUGGAUCAUUUUUUGUCAGUGCUGCUGUAGUGGUAUACAUUUCCCACAAUGCUCAGCCAGCUGCAUAUGUAAAUUUGUUCUAAAACAGCUGUAGUACCAGACAUUUGACGAUUCAUGAUGUUAAGCAGGGAUAGGCAACCUUCUGCACUCCAGAUGUUGUGGACUUCAUCUCCCCUGAUGUUUUGCCAGCAUUAUGGCUGUAAGAGCAUUAUGGGAGAUGUAGUGCACAACGUCUGGGGUACCAAAGAUUGCCAAUCCCUGCUAUAUAGCAUGGACGUAGCAUUGUUCUAUAUAGGAUUGGUAUUUUAAUUUGAACUUUUCUUUACUUUUUGUUACUUGACUAUGUGAAUUAACAAAUAAUGUUCCUUCUUGCUUUUAUACUGCUUCACCCUCAGGGGAAAUCUUUAUGUGCCAGAUUAUAGAGCUCCAGUGGGUUUUUACACACUCUUCCAAUAAGUAUUUAAAAGUGACAGCAGCCUCUUCUAGGGACUCCCUUUUAAAGGGGGAUUGCAUGUAUUGCUCAUAUAUGACAUGUAACUAUAAAGCCGUGUGUCUGUCAUAUCUAAUGGUACCGUCUAAGCACCAUAACAAUUACAACUCUUGUAGUAAGGAAGUAUUUUAUACACUCUCUUCAGAUUUUGUCAACCCAUUUUCCAUUGGUAUUUAACCUGGGCACUUCCAUGACACACAGAACUCAUCCUGUCUGCUGGUGGCAAUAUAUUUGAUUUAACUAUAAAAAUUUGGCCUGCAUUACCAAGCAACUGCCAGCAUUCACAGCCAUCCAAACUUCUACUAUUAUCUAUGCUGUAGCAGAGAGGGCAAGCUAGUGGGCACUGGAAGAGACGCAGUUAAAAACAUGACAGGGUGCACCCAAAGGUCCAUAGUUCUUUGUGCCUUGAUUUUUGCCAUUACAGUUUAUAAUUUGGUGAAAAUGCAGUGCUUAGUUUUAUCCAUAUAUGAUUUUCAGAUAUAUGUGCUGGGUUUUCAUUUGUGUGUGUGUGUGUGUGUGUGUAUAUAUAUAUAUAUAUAUAUAUAUAUAUAUAUAUAUAUAAAUGUAAUUCUUGCCUGUCAGAGAUGAGCAUCCUUCUUGCUCAUCCUUGUGGCGUUGAUAUAGUUAAACUGCUGAUGUGUGGAGCCAGUAACAGAACAGUAGUUGAAUGAAUUCCCAGUAGCUAAGUGAGUUGCUCAGACAUCUGUUCACUGAUAUUCUCUACCUGAGUCUCCUGACAAAGCUUGUGUUUAUCAUUGUUUUUGUUUUGAUUGUAAUGUAGACACUGUAGUAUUUUUUUCCUUGGUGGUAUUUAAAAACUGACAGCUGAUAAAGUAUUACAAGAGCAGUGUACCACAGUAGUAUGUGUUUGUUUCUAAAUGAUCCUUUUGGUAUGAAUGAUAUACGCUGUGCAGUUAGUGAUCACUAGCAUUAAUCACAUGAUGUGCUGAAAUCCUUUUUUGUUUUAUAUUGGGCUAUGAGAAUUCAAAGUGACUAAAAGGAACACUAUAGCGUUGAGAAUACAAACAUGUAUUUUCAUAUGUAAAAUGCCCAAUGCAUUAUUGACCAUAUGUAAAUGGAUGACCAAUCAAAUGCUUUUCAUAGGGAAAGAUUGAAUCCAAUGCUUCCCUAUGAGCUGCAUUUUAUGUUUGACAUUCUUGUGCAGUGCAUGAGGACAUUAAGUCAUAUGACCGAUUGAAACGUGGUCAUAAUAGCGAAAGCACUCUCUAGUCACUGGAGAGUGACUAUACUGUUAGGAAUAGAGCGUAUUGCUAGCACUAGGGAAUCCUUUUAAAAGACCCCUAGAAACACCCAAAUCUCUUCACCUCAAUGAUGUGAUCUGGGUGCAGUGGCCCUUUCGUUUCGAACCUGCAAACUAAAACAUUGCUUUAAAUUAGAUAAGGCAAUGUUUUGAUUGCAGGGGUAAAAGCAUCUCUAGCGGCUAUCUUCCUGACAGGCAAUGUCUGCAAUCAUACCAUUCCCUUAUCCUAAUGAAAAGUAAUGUUUUAGUUUGCAGGUUUCAAAACUAAAGGGCCAAUGCACGCAGAUCACAUACGCUGUAUUCCUUACAGUAUAGAGCCCUCUGAUACACCUUCCCUCGCGCCCUUCCAGCAGCUAAAAGGUUAGAAAAACAACUUUGUCAUCCAAUUACAGCGCCAAUGUUCCUCAGCUCUGGGUCAGCGCUUCCCCUCAAUCCAACAGUAUGUACUAAGAGGCAUGCACCAUGAAACCGCAAUAGUCCCUCCCCAUAGUAAAGCAUUGCUACCCUGCUUUACUAUGGGGAUAUUUCUGACACUGGAUUUCUGCAUGAGGACGUCCAGCAUCAGUUAGGCGACCAACAGUCGGUUAGCCAUCAAGAAGUGAUUUUAGUGACCGUCUGACAACCACUAGAGGCACCUUAGUCCUGCAAUGUAAUUAUUGCAGUUUCACAAAACUGCAGUGAUUUACAUUGCAGGUCUAAGUGGGACCUGGGAUGCUGCAUUCAGACCACUUUAAUGAGGUUAAGUGCUGGCUGCCUAUAGUGUCCUUUUAAGUUUUGAAAGUCACAUGGAAUACUUGCUUUAGUGAAAUAACCUAGAAGUGUAGGAACCCAGCAAUGCUGUAUAUGCCUGUAAGAGUUCAUGGAAACUGGUUAGUCUUAUUUAAACCACAUUAAAUGGGAGCUUAGCUUGUAAUCUUUUCCUUCACUGACUAUAAAGGAACAUUCCUUUAUGUAUAUUUUAACCCCAAGGGGCCAACUUUUCUAGUUCUCUGCCAUCCUGCCAUAAUGGGCAAGACACAUUUUCAGGCAAGUAUGCUUAAGGCUUUUUUCUUCAAAGUCUGCUGAUCACUAACGUGUGUUAAGGCCUCUAGAGACCUGGACAUCCAGCUGCUAAAAUGAAAUACACAGCAGGGUUCUCUUGCAGAAGGAAGGCAUGUGUAAGAAUGUGGCACAGGUGUGCUUUCCAUGGGCUGAAUUUCUGGUAAAUCCAUGGCAAAUAUAACACAUGUAUGGGCAGACAGCCUCACAUCCUUUCAUUUCCUUGAGCAUGAAUAAAAUCUGUGCAUUGCAUUUUAAAUCCAUGCUAUUCUUGCACCAGGCGAGUUCUUAGAACAGUGACCAGGUUCUCAGACUCCCGUGGAAGCUUUUCACCAUUCAGUUUUUCUAAUCCCCUUUGCAGCCAGGUAUUUAAGCACCGAGCAAAAGGCUAUAUGCAUAAGAAAAUAGUAAAACAAUGAGAUUCUGUUAGACAAACUUUUUAUGCUUUUCCCUUCUGCUGUGAUAUAGCUCAGCAUUCCAUAAACUUUGUGCUCCUUGUAUUUUCCCCCUGAACCUCAGGCAGCAGUUACUGCAGUUGUCGUUUGUUCCACUAUUUUAAGCAAACUAGUGUGGAGAGUGCACAAUUGGCAUGUAGGCGGCCGCUCAAUUGAAAUGCUGUUUUUCUGGAACAGAACAGCCCUUGUAUAAAGUAAAACUGAUUGUUGCUGGGUAGAUUGUACAGGCCCUUGUUACUUAUUCGUUUAACAGAUGUAGCAUUGAGUGUGGAGCAAAUGUUCCCAUAAGUCAUGGCACACCUGCUCCGGUUCACACACUGUCAGGAAAGCUUAAGGUAGUCAUACUUUUUCAGUGGAACAAAUUUAGAAAUCAUUAUUUUAGUAAUCUGUUGGAUAGUAUGUCUGAGGCGUGGGCUGGAUUGCAAAGUAUGGCUGAUUUCAUUAACAGCGAUCUCAUCUGUAAUGUUUUCUUAAUGUAAGAGUGCAAUGCUUGUGAACAGGCCUUGUUACAUUACAUUUCUUAAAAAUGUAAUUGUCAUGAAGAAAAGGAAUUUAAACAUUUUAAGUCAAAAUAGUUGAGCUGAAAAUAACGGACUUGUAAUGUUUUUCAAAUUCUGUUAUUUGGACCUAAAUUAUAAAAAUGACUUUGAAUUUGCUUUGAAUGUCUAACAUUUCGCACUUUAAUGAAUAAUUUUUGUUAAAGGGAAACUUUAGUGCCAGGAAAACAAACUUGUUUUCCUGGCACUAUAGUCUCUCCCCCCUCCCUCUCUCGCACGCACCCCCUCCCCUUAUGCCACUUAUCUUGGUACAGCACCGAUGUCCCUCAGCGAUGGUUUGUGUCUGCCUAAGCUCCUGGCUGUGGAGAUGUAAUGCGCACACGCGGGAAUGUCCAUGCUCACAUUAGUAUUUCUACAUUCUACAUAUCAUGCUUUCCUAUGGGGUUUUUGGUGACGCUGGACGUCGAGCAUCUGGCGACCAAAAGUCCCGGAAGGGCAUCUAGUGGCUGUUUGGUAGACAACUGCAAUAAUUCCCUUUCUAAAGUUAAGGGACCUAGAAGACUGCACCCAGACCACUUCAAUGAGCUAAGGUGGUCUGUCAUUUUAAGUGGCUUGUGUAUUAGCUGCAGUGAAAACGGCUUUGGUGACAUCUUAGUGUUGCAUAGUAUAGUUAUAUGUCAGAGUUAAUAAAAUAAGCUUUGCAUUCAGUUGUAACCAACAUACAAAUUGGAAAGUGUGGCGUAUAAGAUAAAAUAUUAAAUAAUUUGAAAAGCUUACCCAAAAAUAUUAAAUCAAGGCACAUGUAGAGAGGCUCUAUAUAGGCUUUAAAUGUCAACAAAACCAUCUGGACGUUUGAAGCUUAAAACACGUGUGCAAUUUAAUGCAAUCUGUUGAAGUAAACAGUACAAGUGUGUGCAUGUAUUUAUAAUGUAGUUCUGUAUAGAUUUACCCCUGUAUAGCUGAAUAGGAUGCACUAUUAGAACACUCACUUUUUCAUGUUUGGCUAUUUAAAGGGUCACGCUAAGCAGAAUCUUAGUAAUUUUAGUUUGAUCUGUUUAUGAUGCAAAGUCCCAGUCCCCACAGCCAUUCUUUUUAAUUAUUUGUUUAUUUUCAUUUCAAAGAUAUAAAAUGUAGUUUGCAAUAGCUUUAUAUAGCAAAUCACCAUUUAAAAGGCCAUUACAAACAAUACAACCGCACUUAAGCUAAAGUAGCCCUAAUAUUUAUAUGUAUAUAUGUAUAUUAUUAUUUGUAAAGCACCAAAAGAUUCUGCAGCGUCCGUGUAUAAAAUCUGUCUGUCUGAGAAGCUCUUUGGAUUUGGGGAAGGAAGGUGUUAUAUUUUUAGGUCUUUGAAAGAAUUGUGCGUAUUUUAGUAAAAUGUAUGUUUAUUUUGUUGCAACAGUUAUAUAUGCAUUAAAGCAUGCCAUUUUGGACAGUUUCUCUUUAACCACAGAAUAUUGUAAGCCUUUCCAUUGAAUGCAUGGGCUGUCAGGCUUGAAUGGAUUGACCUCUGUUUGCUUUGUUAGGGUAAAAUUUCAUUACACUAUAGUGCUUUUGUGGAGCAAAAAGCUGAACAUUUAAGAGGGAGAAUCAAAUAUGUAUAUACAUUUAUUUACUUGAAGACAUUGAACUUCAACAGAAAUUUGGUAAAGACCAUGCUGUUGGAAAAAUAGUUGAAGGAACAUUUCAGUUGGUCAUUUUUGUGCCUUUAACUCUUAGCCCUUGAGAAUUAGCCAUGGAUUUCAAAAACAGGAUAUGAAUCUUGACACCAAAAUUGUUUCUGGAGUACGUUUCCCAUGAUGCUCAGCUUGCUUUUAGUCUAAAAACUUGCUGAGCAUCAUGGGAAAUGUAGUCCAGAAACAAUUUAUAGUGUCAAGGUUAGCCAUCACUGCUGUAGACAAAACUUUUUACAUCCUAAUCAUAAUAUUGACUUCCAAAUUAUUCAUUCCGUUGUCAGCUCUGACUUUACUAGAUGGAUGACUUAUAUUUUGCCAUGCAGUUCAAAUAUGUGCUAAAAUCUGCCUAUCCUCAGACACCCUCUCCUAAUGUGUUUAUUGAUUAAGGGUUGUGUGUCUUGGUUAUCUGACUACCUCCAAAUAGAUUGUUUCAAGCAUAUUUAUUUUUUUUGUCAUGGUUUAGUGAUGCAUAUGAAGUACAAUAAUCACAAACAUUGAUAUAAUGGACAAAAGUCCCGGAAGGGCAUCUAGUGGCUGUUUGGUAGACAACUGCAAUAAUUCCCUUUCUAAAGUUAAGGGACCUAGGACACUGCACCCAGACCACUGCAAUGAGCUAAGGUGGUCUGUCAUUUUAAGUGGCUCGUGUAUUAGCUGCAGUGAAAAAGGCUUUGGACAUGUUUGAAGUUGUUUCACAUCUUGCAUAAAAUUUUAAUUUGAAAACCAUGUAAAGAAAAGUAAAAUCGAAAUAAAUAAAAAUUACAAACCCAGUAUGCGCUCUUAAAAUUAUUUUAUAGUUUAUUUUUAUUGCCAUUUAUAUAGCGCCAACAGAUUCCGUAGCACUUUACAAUAUUAUGAGAGGGGGGAUUUAACUAUAAAUAGAACAAUUGCAAGAAAGCUUACAGGAACGAUAGGUUGAAGAGGACCCUGCUCAAACGAGCUUACAGUCCAGGCACAACAUAUCUCAGUAUCGGAAGCAACAAACCUGAGGUGUUCAGGAUUGGGAAGUUUAUACUUUGGGGGUUGGCCCCUACAACUCUUUACAUCCUGUAAAUUCAACAUGGAUUUGAUUUUGGAUUUAGUUGCUUUGUCUAAGGAAUUGGUAUAGUGUUGCGAAAUUAGGUAGAAUUGUUUUUAUUCCGGUGCUAUUUUAGAAGAUUUCUGCCCAAUCCAUAUGAAAUUGUAAAGUGAUUUUGAUCUUGGGGGAUCCAAUAGAGGAGAGAGGGGCAGAUCCAGUGGUGUCAUAUACCUAUAAGAGGCGUUCUAUAUAAUUUUCAGUUUGCUUCCAGAAUGUUUUAAUCCUCACCUAUCCUUAUAGAUUUAAAGCGCUUCUGAAUUUGUUGGCGCUAUAUAAAUAAUAAAAAGAAAAAAAAAUAAUCUAAAAAUGUAAUGUACUGCUAACGCCAGCUAUAUGUUAUGCAUCCUCUUUGGAAACUGAGUUGAGACCACAGGCUAGUUGAACAAUUUCUCUUGUGCUUUUGGUAGAAAGCAGAGAGUGUUAAUAAUCGUACCUUUAAAGGCAAGAUUUGUUAUGAUUAGAUUUAUGGGGAUUGUGUGUUUUGCAGCUGUUAGUCUGCUUCUAGAGCCCCACAAGGUAAAUACAAUAUAACAUAGAUCUUUGAAGUAGGGUUAUUAAUUUAUAGGGGGUGGUGUGUUUUGACAAGCUAUGUUUGCCUUUCUUGAAUUUCCAGUGUUAUAUUUUUCUUGGUUGGGGUUAAUAUAAAUGUAUAUCUACAUAUAAUUUAUCAUUUCAAUACACAUACAUACGUGUGCGCACUAUAAACGAGAACUGUAAAACCCCACACAGUAUUUGUGUACACCUCUUAUAACUCAUGACAAUGAUAUUUAGAGUCCUGCUACAGUGGAAAGGCUUUUGUUUUCACAAAUAGUGCUCUAAAGCAACAAUUGCCUUGGCACCCCUGUUUGAAAUUAUAUUUGAAUUAUACCCCCAGUUAUUAGGCUCAGUCACUUAGUCAGGUUCUAAUGCUGGCUGAGCAUUAUGGGAAAUAUGAUUUGAUAACUACCAAGGACCCUAAAGCAAAUGAUUGUUUCAAGACUGACUUCAUGAUCAUUAUUUGUACUAUUGUAUUCUGAAAUGGUCAUGAUCUAGAACUUUCAAUCUCUGACAUUACCGUAUUUAACCCUUUAAUGAACUGUUACUUUGCCAAUAUCACAAUCUGGUCUCUAAGAUCUUAUGGCCACAUUAAAUCUAAUUGUUUAGCUAUAGCAGUUCUAUGCAACCCUGCAUUGGUUAAUUUAGUGAACCAUUGUGUUUUGGUAUAGAAUCCUAUUCCUUUAUAGGGUUACUCUAAGCACCAUGGCCACUUCACUGGUUUGAAGUGGUCAUGGUUCUUAGAAUAUUUGUAUACAGUGGGACCUCGGUUUACAAACGCCUCGGUUAACAUAAUUUUCGGUUUACAAAUGAAAAUACAUUAUAAAUAAUGCCUCGGUUUACAAUUUUUUUUUCACAAUACAAACAAGUUUCCCCUGGAUGCAUUGCACCUGGGAGGUUAAUAGCAGUGCCCCCUGCAUGCUGGAUCCUGUGGGUAGCACAUGGCAUCGAGUGUGGAGAUGUUGGAGCGGCUUUUGCAUCGAGUUUUGGAGCCAUUCUGGAAAUUGCAGUUGUUUUGGGGCAUUUCUCAAGCUCUGGAAAGGUAGGGAGCUGAGCUUUGUCGUUUGCAUGCCUUUUAUUGUGUGUUCUGCAUUGUGGGUUGGUUUCCAUGCCGGUUCAUUUUGACUUUUUUUCUGACCUCCAGAACGUAUUAAUUGGUUUUCCAUGCAUUCCUAUGGAAAACCACGUUUCGGUUUACAAAUGUUUCGCAAUAAGAAACAUCCUGGAGAACGCAUUAAAUUCGUAAACCGAGGUCCCACUGUAUAUAGCAUUUCACUCCAGCAUGGGUGAGUAAUGUCACCAGAUGACGAUCGGGCUGCCAGGAGAACUUUGUGUCGAUGCUGGAUCAAUUUUUAAUUUUUUUUUUGGGUGGCAAAAUGCCAGUAAGGGCUGCACCAUUCAAAAACUAUGUUUUACCAAAACACUGUUUUUUUGUUUGUUUUUUGGUAGGAGUAACCCUUUAAAGUGCUAUAGUUACAGAGGCUUCAUUUAUGUAUACAUAAAAUCCAUGUCGCUUUCAGUGACGGAAUUAACUUUAAUCCGUAUGUUAUACCAGUAAAAUUGUCCCCAAAUGUAGAGAUUAGAAUAUAUACUGUGACAUAAAUUGAAGUUUGCUCCUGGAACUGAUGAACAGGAUCUGUUUACUUUUUGAAGUCCUUAGAGUGCUGUUACCUACCAUUUUUAUUUUUAUAUAUAUAUAUAUAUAUAUAUAUAUAUAUAUAUAUAUAUAUAUAUAUAUAUAUAUAUGUAAAAAACAGAUAAGAUUCUUAUCUUGUAAUACCUUUUUUAUUGGACUAACAGAAUUUUUUAAUGACAAGCUUUCGGGAGAACCUCCCUUUUUUACAUCUACAUCACUGGACUAAUACGGCUACAAUCUCUACUUGAACACUAUGGAAGAUAUAUAUAUAUAUAUAUAUAUAUAUAUAUAUAUAUAUAUAUAUAUAUAUAUAUAUAUGUGUGUCUUUGUGUGCUGAUGAAAGUUCCAAGCUAGGAACUGAAACGUCGACUAUCUGUGAGAAUAAAAUCACAGCAGAGGAGAGGGGACAGGCAUGCGCGGUAGUGUGCUCAGGACUUCAUAGGGCGGCAUGAAUGUAUUGCGCAUGUGCGGCGAAGCUGCGCAUGCGCACAAGGGAGCAAUGACGCUUCCAAAUGGAAGCGUCUGAUUGCUCCCUGCUCGCGCCCGCCUAUAUCGUCAUUUUGACGAAAUAGGAGACGCGGCUUCACGAGGCUCCCGGCGCUGGAACGAGGUGAGUAAAAAGGGCUGCCUGCAGUGUCCCUAUAAGUUAUGCCACCAAUAAAAAAUACUUUUACACUAAUGCAUUUUCAUUAGGGCUAUACUUACUAAAUAGUGAUUUUAAUUCAUUUUUGAUUUGGGCAGUUUAGUGUCCUUUUUAAUUGAAAUUACACUUAGUGAUAAUAAAAAAUGCAUAUUGUGUGGCUGCAAUGUACAAACUGAGUUUCCAUAUGUUUUUUUAAAUCUUUGUGGCAUUGCAGACCCAAAGGGUUAAAGAUUUAGGCUGAUCAGCUGGGUUGUAUCUGAGUAGGCUAUAUCCAUCCCCCUGACUUAAUUCCUCUAAGUAAGGGCCACUCCAAUUACAUUAGAAUUUUUAGUAUGGGUUCAUAUUGUCUUGGCGUCCUUCUGUUGAGUAAUGAUGUAAAAUGGGUUAUUCCAUUACCUUAAUGGUUGUCCUGUAAGGCGGUUGGAAGAAUGACUGGGUAUUAAAUGCAAUAUUGCUUCAUUUUAGUGUCUGUAGCUGCUGAAUGCUGUGGUUUAGUGAAUUAUCCGUUUGUAUGAAAACAAAUAGCUUUCAUACUCUCAAGCAGAAACUGUUUUUGAAAUUGAAAGUUUGCCUUUAAAGGAAAAAUGUUUUCCCUGGGCACCCUGAAUUUCUGAAUUUAUCACAUAAAGGGCACUUAAGGGGGUCUCACAAUGUCAGCUCACGUCUUCAAGGAAGAUCCAUUGUUAAUGCAAAGGCCUGCUCUGGAGUUUUUCAUCAGUUUGAAUAGGUUUUUUUUUUGAGUGAUCUCUUGAAGUAAGAAUGGAUCUGCUGUGCAUGCUUGAAUAAACCACAAAUCUCAGGCAUGCUUAAAUCCCUUCAGAGUUGGGGGUUUUGCUUUAAGUGGAUGGUCUUCACUCAGAUGUUCCAGCUAGAGAUUGAUAAUCACUUGGCAGUGUUCUGUAUAUUAAGUGAAAUACAAAUAUACAUAUUUUAUUCUAGACUAGACAAAGAUUUUUGCCUGGUAUCUAAUGUUACCUCGGUGCUUCAUAUAGUUAAAAUAUUAAGAAAUGAAUGGAUACUGAAAUAGGCAUAAAGGGAGCAAUGUUGAAAUAGAGAUCUAUGAAAUUACAUCAUCUCUGUGUGGCUGGUGUAUGGGUCUGGCUUCUAGAUCCCAUCACUUAUAUGAACUACAUUUCCAUAUAGAAUAAAUGAGUCUUAUGUCUCAUCUUGGUUAAGUCUGAAAAACGAGUUGUCUGUUUUUAACUCUCUUUUAUAUAGAAGGUUUACAAAUUGCUUCCUGUUCUGCUGGAAUGAAGUGCCUGCAUGUAAGAUUGAGUGUUUUUGUAAAACUGUUUAUUUUGGUAAAACUGGUUGCUGAAUGUGAUCUAAGUGGGUGCUGUUUUAUAGGAUGUCAUCUGUAAUGCCAUUGCCUUGGGAGUGGUGGGACUAUUGAGAGAUGUUAGUGGUAUAGUGGUGAUGUGUCAUUGGGGUGGCUGAUGACUCGUAUGUGAAGAUGUAUGAGGCCAACUGUGGGUGUCACUCUGUGACUUGGAUGCUGAUCAGUGAUUUGAGUGACACAAAUGUUAUUAAUAAUAUUGAUGGAAUUGUGUGGGCAUCGGAGUGCCAUGUUUUUGAUUAAUCAGUGAUUUGGGUGACACUGUGAUUGUGCCAGAGGAAACAUCAGCUCACCAGGGGUUUCCGGUUCUUCAUGUUUGGCCUGACUCCUAGAUCUACUUUAACUUUAUAAACAUCUCAAGUUUAUUUCUAGCUGUAUAGAUUGUUACUGUUAAGUAUGCUGCAGAGAGGAGUGGGUUGACCUGCUAACUUUCUAGUGUAAUUUGUCACCUAAUUGUGUAACAAUUACCUGCCUGGCUACAUGCCCAGCAGUUGUGCAAAGAGACCUAGCCACACACCCAUACUUUACUCAGCCAUCAUGUUCGUAAUGAACAUACCGUGGGAGCAUUAUCUUUAUGCAAAUAUAUAUGUUAUUAGACCAGCCCCAUUAUCUAUAACUCUGUGUUUAACCUUUUUACAGAGGUGACUAUUUUCUGUGUUUCCCCCCCAGAGCUGAUUUUAAUCUAUGUGAAAUAACUCACUCCAUUCCAUUUGGGUGCGUGUAGUUUGUUUUGAAAAGAGCUAGUGCGUUGGAAGGGUUAAAGAUGGAUUGGCUGAGGCAUUAUGCAAGCUGUUAAGUAAAAAGGAAGUGCAUGACAAAACGCUGAGCUCAGGAGUUUGGCUUCCAGCCAAGCCUUUGCUUUCUUCACUACAGCUGAGGGCUUUCUAAGCUUCCCACAAGUGGGUUUGUCUGAACUGUUUAGGAAUGCUGCCUCAGUCGCCAGCUGACGUCAGUGCUAGCAGUUCAGCUGAGGGCCAGGCCGGGCUGACAGUGCUGAUAGGGAGGGGCUUGCUACGGCUGGCUGCUGUAUUUUUAAGCCUGGGUGAUGUUGGGAAGCUGCGUCGGAGAAACAAAUUUGGCUUGUGUGUACAUGUAUGCACGAGUUCUUUAUUUAUUUCUUUAGUUUUUUGGUUUUUUUUUAAACUGCCCUUAUUUGAACUUUUUGUAUUCGUGAAUGCAUGUUUUUAUAUUUUUAGGUUUGUGUGUUUCAAUUAAUUUUUUAUUAAUCCGUUGUGUGUUGUACAACAAUACAAUUACAAUUAUUUCUAUAUCGCCAACAUAUCCUGCUACACUGUAGUAGUAGGUAAACAACAAACCUUUCUAACAAAACAUUGACACACGGGAACAGUAAAAGAAGAGGACCUUACCCAAACAAGCUUUCAAUCUAAAGGACUGACUAAUGACCGGCUUUAUAGCAAGGGUUUCAAUACUUGUAAAUUAGAAAAAUCAGCUUCAUGCACUGUUAAGGUUAAAUGAGUAAGCGACAACUUACUGUAUUGUCAUGAAAACCAGGCUUAUCCGUUAUGAUUUGUACAUUCUAAAUGAAUUUUAAAUAGAUUUUUCAGUUGUGAGAUCGCUCCACGUUAGAACAAGUUCAUUGGACAAUGAAAAUUUGGCCUGAUGCAGUCCUGAGCAGUUGCUUGCAUUGUCUUUGGGGUGCCAUUUAAAAAGAGUAUUACCCUCUGUAAUAGCACAAUCUCUUCUGAUUUCUCCAAAGACAAUACAAAAUGCUUUUCAGUUAAAAAAUAUUGGAUCAAGUGAUUUAAAAAAAAGUAUCCUCCCCUGUCUUAACCCAUUAAUGCAGUAGAUGGAGCCGGACUUGUGAUCGUUGUGCAGCUUACCCCCUUUUAACUAAGAAAGAUUAAUGCAUUAAUAGACCUGACUAUGCUUAUCCUUUUCCUGUAUCAAAUAUGAGAUUUUGUUUCCAGUGCAGUCUAUGGUCGGUGAUGGCAGAUGGCGUUAACAUGCGUGCAUGUAUAAAUACCUCUGGAGUCAAACAGCUGAAAAGUAUCAGCACAAUUUCAAGCUAUCUUGGUUAGCUUGUGUUAUUAUAUAUCUGGUGUGGUGUAGCUUCUCUUGGUGUAACCUAAAAGCCUAGUGGUAUCCUGUGUUUCUUCAUGUCUAAAUAAAGAAGCUGUGGUUUCCUUUGCAAGGCCUAACGUUUGUAGCUACAAGCAGUGGAAUUACUCUAGCCUCUAGUGGCAGUAGUGAUCAGUGCCACCCCACUUGCUUCGAAGUUAAAUCUGAAGAGCUGUGAAGGGUGCUUUAUAGAGUGCAUUAUUAUUUCAGCCUUCAGCUCUGAGGCUUCUCAGAGUGGUUUUCAUUCUUUUUAAUCAAGAGGAUACUGGCUUUCCCUUUUAGGCCAGAUGUCAGGGAGAAUAAAAAAGGAAGUCUGUACCCCAGAUGUUCUAAGUAAUUGGGUGAUCAGUUGCAACCGCUGCAUUCUAAGUGUGGGCACAAUGAAAGCAUUCUAUAUUACCCACUAAGAAUUUAUUGUACAUGAAUGUUUCCCUUUCAACACUUCUUUGAUCUGUCUUCCAUAUUUUCUAUAUUUAUGUAUGACUCGACACUGGAGCAAAAAUGAUGCAUCUACAGCUAUUGAUAUCUCGUCUCUGGGAGAAAAGUAUGACCCCUAAUGAACUUGGCAACGUUGUUGCUUCAGCAGCUGUUUUGCAAUUAGAAGCAGAGAAUAUAUUUUGAAAUGCAUCUGCAAGCCAGUUAGUCUUAGUAUUUUGUUUCACUUCUCAUUUAAAAUUGCAGCUUUCAGCUCGAUUUGACGUUAUGUGUGUACCCACAUGAGUAAGACAUAACAAGUCUUAAGCGUUUGAGGAACAUAUUUAUGUUCCGAGCAGUACAGGAAGUACUUUGUACUAAAACCAACCCUUUGGUGGAUCAAGAUUUGUUUGAGUCACACGUUCAUAUGUUAAAUCAUAUAUGUGAGUGUGCAACAAGAGGAUUUUCCCUGCUGUGUCUGUUGUGGGAUGGAAGUAUUAUCUUAUUUUUAGGAGCUGAAGAACCUAUAGUAGGGAGUGACAUGGCUUCCUUGGUGUUCCUGCUUCAUUUUUUAUAAUGUCUGAGGGAAGCAGACUGCAGUGCUUCCAGUAGACCACACACGUCAUGUCUAAAAGGUCAUGUUGUUUCACAUGGCGGUAGCUUUUAUAGUUAUGCAUCUUUGUCUGAGUAUAUGUGUGUGUAAUAAAUAAAUAGUUAUGUCGACUCAGACAUUCAAGAACAAAAAUCAUAAAAAGUAAACAUCUAGUCCAGGAGUAUGAACCCCCUUUCCCCACAAAACAUGUAAAAUACACACAGUUUUAAAGUACAACAGUUCAAAGUAUAUUAUUUAGUUUGUUUUUAUAGGCUCCUCACACCCGUCCUCUUUAAAUAAUAAACUACAGACAAAUCAUAAAAUAAGAUUUAUUGAGAUGUGAUGGAAACAGUAAAGAAAACUGGGUUUAGCUGAGUGGAGAAAGAUUGCUGUAAUUAUGAUAUUCUAUGUAUCAUUUAGAACAGUGUCUCUUUUACAUUUCUGCACUCGUUUGUACGGGCUCCCUUACAAGUGGUCUGCUGCAUUAUAUACCACUUUUAAACCAAAGUGUGGGUUUAACGCUACAUAGAAGUUCACAUCUGCUUUGACCUUUAUGGAAGCCUGAAGCCAACUGCUAUUAGCACAUUUUUAAUUUAACUCUCUCUGCCUACUCCUUAGAUGUAAAUAUUUCAUUAGAAAAGGAAAAACUGCAUAGUAGGCACUCACCACUUCUUGGCCAACAGAUUUGGCACAAGAUAUUUAAUGAGUAUACAUACAAAUAUUUAAAGCGUUUUUGUAUGUGUGCUAGCUUUAAGUCCACAGCUCUAGUAACACAAACAUAUACCCAAGCCUAAUAUUGAAAGCUGUACAUGUUUUAUUGUUUACUAUUAACUGCUUCUAGAGGCACACUUGCAAAUGUAAACAUUGCUAUUUCUCACUGUAUGUGCAGCAAACUACUACAUUAAAUACACUAUAGGUCCCUUGAUCACCUCCCAUUGAAGUGGUCUAGGUGCAGUGUCCCUGACCCCUUAACCCAAUGUAGAACAUUGCAGGGUUAGGACAGCCUCUAGUGGCUUUCUUGCAAACCGCCAAUAGAGGAACCUGUUUUUCAGAGUUUAGCUCAGUGAAAUGGUGUUGGUUGUAUAGUGUUUCUUGUUUGUUGAGAUUUUGAAACUUAAUGUGCCUUUACUUUUUUAAUAUGGCAUUUCUUUUGCAACAUUAAAGCUAUGAUCAUGUCACUGUAUUCACAUUUGUUUGCUUUGGUAUGUAUAUGCCAAUAAUAAUUAUUAUUAUUAUAAUAAUUGUACCAGGCUUGAUAAAGGCUUUCGUGAGAGCAGAAACUUUGCUCAUCAUUUCCACUUAAACUGUCUUGGGACAGUACCAAAGUGCCUUUUUUUGUAUCCAUCGUGAAAAAGGAGUGGAACUGCCCUCAGCGACUGUCCAUCUACGUGCAUGUGCCUUCUCCUAUAUUUCCUCAAUAGUCUCUUUUAAACCAUUGCUUGUUUUGCCAAUGAGGGGAAGCUUGGGAGGUUGUAUAGAUUUUAGUAUCUGUGAACAUCCUUUUGACUGGAUGGAAAUCCAAAACUGAUUGUUGAAAAGAUUUAGAAUAAAUAAUUUAUGAAACUCAGUAAUUGAUUUAAAGACCUUCAGGCAUUCUGUACAUCAUGUAGUGUUUGAACCAUGGAGUAUCUUUCUGCAUUCAGUUGUAUUGAUUGUAAAGUACUCAGCUGAUUUUAAGGAUUAUCAAGUCUUUGCAUGCAUUUUUGCCUAUUUCAUAUUCUUUCAAAUCACAGAAAACUAAUUCCAUUCUUUUGUUUAAGAUAGAUUUGUAAAAAAAGGAAUUCUAUCUUGGGUUAACCAGUUAGAAAAAUGUCUGUCUACAUAAACAAGGGGCUAGCCAGUAAGUUGACCGGAACUCACCUCUGCAGUGAUGACUGUUUGGUACCAAUCCAACCGUUAUCGACUGAAUCUGGCUAGUGUUUGGGGGGGGGGGGAACGCUGUAGAAUUCUUUGGCUACUUUGGAAAGUUGACAAAUUUAUGUCAACUCGGCAGCAAUGAUUGCUCCCAACUGCAAGGUCUAAUCUCACUGAAGUCAAUGAAGUUCACUUGUUACAGUAAAUGUGCAGAUUUGUCCUCAUCUUUGGCUUGCUAGCUUAGUAGAAGCUUGGUUUUAGUGGAUGAGAUGACAUAAUGUUCAGAUCUAAUAAAUAUGCUUAAUACGUUGUUUUAGAUUUGCCACAUGGCCUAAUGAAUGUCUGUUUCAAGCCAAUAUAGAGAAGAGUACAUUACAGCUGAGCAAACAAGCAGAGAGUCUCUCAUCAUUUCGCCCAUUAUGCAGUGGCAUUAAAUAUACAUAUAAGGAAGGGAGCAGAUGCUUUUGUUCAUGAAUUGAUAAGUAAAGAAGCAGCCUUUCCCAGCAGGGUUCUGCUCAAUCUGCUACUCCUUUACAUGUAAUGAAUAGCUAAUUUCUCCAGGAUGGUCCAAGAAAGGUAGACUGCGCAAGUGCACGGAGGGGGAGAUCCAGAAACUAAAACCAGCAGGAUGCGGAACGAUGUGCUUUUUAAUGGGGAUGCAUUUUCACAAUUGCAGGGGGUGAUAAUCAUAAAGACAUGCUCAUCUGUUCAUAUUCAAAUGAGAAAUUUACAGAAACAAGGAGGUGCUCUCCUGGUAUGUGAAUAGCUUAAAAGGGAAGCAGGCACAUUGUUAGAUAGCAAUGUGCAGCACGCAGGAUUUACAUUUUGCUAGUGUGAUGGUUUAGUCUCCAGCAUUUUUAACUUUGUGUACUGUAGGUCUAGGAAUGCUUAUUAUUGAAUGCUUCUCUUUCGUGAGGAAUGUUUCAUUUUUAGCCAGGCAGUACUGCACCACCUCUGGUCGUUUCAUGGAGCAGUGCACCCGAUGGCAUAUUUCUUUCCAGUUCUCAUUUUGGUCUGGAUCCCUCUAGAAUAUCUGUGUUUUACGUGAAAAAAUACUUAUGACAAUUUUUAGGCAGUGUUUAGGAAAAAACAGUGCACAUACAGAUUUGAUAAUCUACUCUCAUGCUUUUUGGGGUAAAGGGCAAACCAUGCAGUUGUUUUCCUUAACUUUUGGCAUGCUCACAGAACAUAUAGGGACUACCAAAUCAGUGACUGCUUUUAGAAGUAGUUAGAACUGGUCAUAUUCCUUAAAGGGUCACUCCAGCACAUAACUUAGCAUUCCAAUGGUUAAGGUGCAGUGUACCCUGUUUCUCGUGUCCUUGCUCAAAGUGGUUUAUACGAGCAGUGUUUAUCUGCUGAGCAUUUAGAACAAGAGUACUUAGACAAUGUUUGUGUGCAUUAAAGGAGCACUCCAGGCUUUCAUCCGAAAAAUGUACAGAAACAAAUGAAAAAUAAUGAAUUCUACUUGCAUUGAAAGAGCCAGCUUUUGCUGCAUUGCAGUGAGUAAUCCCAAUCAGGGAAGUGACUCAAAGGAUGACUAUUUCUGGAAAGGGGAGGCAAAAUGGUAGCGAUUUGAAUAUGGUGAAAAAUAUGUGGAUAUGAGGCCAUAUGCACUUAAAGGCCUACUCCAGGCACAAUGUCCACUUCAGGGAUUUGAAGUGGUCAUGGUGCCCUGGGCUCUGUAUGUGCAGUGUUUCACUGUGAUACAGUUUAACCAGUCUGCUGCCAGAGGUGUAACUACUUUUGACAGUGCCACUAGCCAAGAGCUCCAGGCAGGCUAAUGUCAAUUCUGUACAUAUUCUUUGCAAAGAAUUGCAUAAAUGAUUCAAAUUUGAAUAAGCGAGUAGUCAGCUGACAUUCUGAACCAAUGAUGAGAAUGGCUGGUGGGAUUGACUUUUGCACCUCUGCAGAAGCUGGGUGUUCUCACUGGCCACAGGAGGGCGAUCUGCCCUGUGAGGACCCAGGUAAGAGUGCUAACUGUUGCAAAUCUUUUUCCAUUACUAGGAACCAAGGCCAGGGCACUUUUCCAAAAAACAGCUUUCAAAAUUAGAAGACUGUAGUGGUUAUGAUGCUUGGAGUAACCCUUUAAGGGAAUACAAACUUCUGCUGCGUGCGCUCUAAGCAAAUGUUUCUCAUAAUAAAGUAUUGUAUACUAUAAAGUGAGCUGCAUUUGGUCACAUGACAGUGGUCUGGGUGCAUUAAAUGGUCCUUUAAGUUGUGUUGGAGUCUUUCGUGUCCCAUUAAACCAAUAAGAUUUCUAACGUCAUAUGGUCUUUUACAGAAGAGUAAUGGCAAAAGAAAUGAAUGUGUCUGUUUUAGAUGCAAAACCUGAGAUGGCCUGCUGAAUCCUGCGUUUCCUGCAUUUUAUAGAUAAUGGACAAAUGUGUCUAGAACAAUGGAUAUGUGAAAUGUUUUUUCUAUUGGUGAAAAUUCUAAAUUAAAGGAGGAAAUACCCGGAACAACCUUUCACUUGAUGAAGGCAAGGCAAAAAACUGUAAAUAAACUUUCUGCAAAGCAUGUAAGGUAAACCUGCGUAAGUUUGUUUGCAGAGGGCAAACUAGUUUGGUCAAUUCGUACAUAUGUUAUUGCAAUCUGUUCCUUGAAAUGGGAUUUCAGUUAUUUUUCUAGGGUAAGUAUUCUUUAAACAAUAAUGCAAAAUAGGCAUGCUGGAAAAAGUCCUCAGGCCUUGCUAAUAGGGCAGAAUUUCUGGAUCUUGUAUAAGCACAGGUGGCUUGAUCACGUGUCUAAUUCAUGUAGCACCGGUGGCCAACACAGUUUCCAAAACCCAAUUGCAUACUUAUUCUCUGAGUUAAAAUAGGUCAGUAACGCACAAGUUGCUGCGUGGAAACAAUUAAUAUUCACUUAAUAUAGGAUGUUGGCAAAUUAAAACAAAUUACUCUAUUUCCUUUCAAUACUAAUUUAUCUGUAAGGUUUUCCUACAAUUUACUCCUCUCCUCAAUGAUAAAAUUAAAUACAGUGUGUCAAUCCUGACCUAGUGAACCUUUGUUUUUAACAUUUAAAUGGACUCUAUGUAGGGUAGAGGUGUUAAAAUGUCUCCUUGAGUAGUGUUAAUCCUGCUAGAGAUAUAAGAUUUCUCUAACUUGUAACUAGUUAACUCGAACAGCAAAUAGCGUCUGGAACGUUGUAAUGUUAAAUCCAAUUUACACAUACAGAUUAGGAAUACCUUAACUGCUAGAUUUAGAGGAUGCACACUAUAUGAAAAGUUUAAUAGCUUGCCUGAUGCCCUAAAACUGCAUGUUUACGUUAAAUCAAUGUUAGAUUUGUUGACCGUCUAAAUCAAUCCAUGCCUUCUGCUUCACUUUGCCAGUGACACAAGUCUAAUGCUGUUAGUUUCCUGCUAUUUUUAAACGUUUUAGAAAAUGACAGAACACUUCAGGUAAAUUCAGGCACAGCCAGGGCACCCAUUGCAAAUGGGGAGAAAUAAAAACAUUGUUUAAUUUCUCCUAUUCUCUGUAUGCUACCUCUAUGAUGGAUUGCAAAGGAAAAAUGACAACCGGUAACAAUGAUUGCCCGGGAACGAAGUUGGAGGUACCAUGUUGCAGUAUAAAGAGUUAAAGGAUCGCUAUAGUGUCAGGAAAACAAAGCAGUUUUCCUGACACUGUAGUGCCCGGAGUGUGCCCCCACCCUCAGAGCCCCCUCCCGUGGUGCUGAAGGGGUGAAUACCCCUUCAGCAGCUUACCUUAUUCCAGCGCCAGGCUCCCUCGGCACUGGUGACCUCUCCUCACCCGCCGACGUCAGCAGAGCCGAAUGCGCAUGCGCAGCAAGUGCCGCUCGCGCAUUCAAAGUGUCCGUAGGAAAGAAUUUCUCAAUGCUUUCCUAUGGACACUGCGCGAUGGAGGCAUAAUAUGCCUCCAGCGUUGCAGAUGCGCCUCUAACUCCAAAUGUAAACAUGGCUUAACCCCAAAUGUAAACAUAGCAGUUUCUUUGAACUGCUAUGUUUGCAUCUGGAGGGUUAAAACCUGAGGGACCUGGCACCCAGACCACUUCAUUGAGCUGAGGUGGUCUGGGUGACUAUAGUGUCCCUUUAAGGAUUUUUUUUUUGUAAAUUUUUCUCAUAAUACAAAUCACAAAUCCCGGAAAGUUACAGUUCCCAUUUUAAAGUGACAGCUUGAGGAACAUUCAUUACAUUAUUCUGAGAUGUAAGCUAAGAGCGAGAAGACCACUAUAUUCAUAUCUCUAAUGUUGUUUAAAAAAAAAAAAAAAAAACUCUCAAUUUAAUAGUUAAAGGAAAAAUAAAUACUGAUUGUUAUGGAGAGACAUUAACCCUGUCCCUUUUAGUAUUAUGCAGAAUGCUGGUUGGCAUGACAACCAUGUCAUAUUGUCUAAUGAGAUUUUUAUUUUAAAUGCACACACUUUAACCUUUUCAGUACCACAGAGGCUUAUAUCUGUCACAGUAGUGGGUUUUGUUGUUGAAUGAAACCUGACCUUGUCCACAGAGAGAGACUUUUCAGACUAUCUCUGUAGAUCUCCAUGGUUUCUGCAGUAAUCUCCCUUGUCCUUCAGUGUCCCAAGCUGCCAUCAUCUGAGUAUUCUGACACGUCUCUCCUGAAGGAGUUUCUUCAGGGCGUCACUUGUUCUACGUGGAAGUCCUUAUGGGAGAGCCCAUACCUCCCUGUGCUGCUCAUCAGAAGCACUGCUAGAUGAAUGUAAACAUUUUGCUGAUUGCUUACAGACUGUAUCUGGCAUGAAAAUAAUAAUGCUUGGCUUUAAAUUUCCAUUUCCAUUUGCACUCCUCAGGUUUACUCUAGCCGUCAGAUUUCUGUAAAGUUAGCUGGAAAUCAUUAUCCUCUAGAAUUCUUUAUUAGAAGACCUGAGUGUCUAUGCAAUGUCCGAAUAAAUUCUUUAAUAAACAUGCUUCACAAAAGCUAUACGUGGUUUUUCAAUGUGUUACUCAAUUAUGAAAUCUCCAGAGAAGUUACACUUCCCCUUUAAAACCUUUUUUGGAGCCAUUAAUCCUUUCCCCCACCUAACUAGGGAUGUGUUUCUGCGUACAUGCCUGAUCUCUAAGGCCAGUACUAAUGGUAAAUUGUUUAUAUCUUGAGUACAUUGUUGUUUUUAGAUGACUAGUAUCUGUUAGUGCAGUGCUCUGCAUGCUUAAGAUAUAUAAUAUGGUUAAAAAAAAAGUGCCUUUUUUGUCAUGUUAAAGGGGAGAGUGUUAAAUCUUGGGAGAAAAUGGAGAGGAGAUCCAUUUUCAUUGACCGCUGCUCUCUCUAAAAGGUCUUUUGUGAGUGGUUUUUCCUUCUUGUUGCUCCUGGGUGUUAAGUUUUUGUUAUUUCAAACAUGUAUGUGAUUUACACUUCGGGAAAUGGAGCAAGCCUCUGUUGGAAAUAAAGGAGAAGGGAGUGCCUGUUUCCCCUACUGAGAAAUAGGCUUUUUUUUCUUCUUCUUGAAAACCAGUAUUAGCUUAUUAGUGUGAAUUUGCAGACCGAAUGCCUUCAGCAAAAGAAAUUUACUGGAACUUAAGCCCUGCACAUUUGCUGUCUUUUAUGUUUGAGACAAAAUAGAACCUUGUUUUUAGUUUAAUCCGGCAGCAUUUAUUUUCUUUAUAUUUUUUAAAUUUUGUAAGAUUCCCCCCAACUUUUCAUGUUCUAUUCUGCUUGAUAUGAGUUUUUGUGGUGGUGGUGGUAAAUGCACUUGUUGGUCUGUUGAUAUCUUUAAUAAGUCUCAUUGCCUGUCACUGGAUUGGGCCUUUAUUCCACUUUUAUUAUUGUAAUGAAUAGUCAUGCUUAACAUUAGAUUUUAUUGGGACUUAGAACCAUUUUCUAUUUUAUUAAUUUAGAAAAUCAUUUUGGGGAAUCAUGAGGUUUCAGGAGCUGCAGAUACGCUUUUGGCCCUUGUAGGUUGCAGUCUUGUAACAUAAUAUUAAAUGAUUAGAUAAUUUUUUUAACACACGUGCAGUCUCACUAGCUGAGUGACUGUUAUAUAUGUGGUUAUUUUAUUAGUUUGUUUAUGGGGCAUGUAGGGAUUAACUACGAGUGUUUGGCAUGUUGAAUUGCUGUUCGGUUUCAUUCCUAGUGAGUGAAGCAAAUUCUUAUUUGUAUCCUUAGUCCCAAUGAUACAUUUUGUAAAGGUUAUUGUGCUGUGCUUCCUGUACUUGCCCUCCUGUGGGAUUUGUAGGUGUAAGCAACCAACCGCUGGGUUUACUGUUAAGGAAGCUCAUCUGAAAUGCCUUUUGUAAUAGCAAUCAGCAUUCUCUCAUUUAGAAGUAGAUACAAGCCCAAGUCAUAUGCACUAUUAAAGGCAAAAAACUAGCAUGACCAGUCACAAGCUCUAAUAUGUGUACAGAUUCUCAACGUCAUGAUAGUUGCAAACAGAAAUAUGGAACGUUUAAAUAAUGUUUGUUUGUGUUUUAAAAAAAAUCUGAAAAUAAAAGAAUGAAUAGUAUGAUCCAGAUUGAGAUAUGUCUUCAGUCAAGUAAGAGCAAGAUCUAAUAAUAGCUUUGAAAGUGCACAGACUUACAAUAUUUAUUCAUUCUAAACUCCUACUAUCUUACCCACUAUAGCCUUCUAUAGUGGUUUUGGUGGUAGUAGCAACAUGGCACUGUCCCACGGCAAUGGGGCAAAGCAUUUUACAACAGUUUAUCCUCCCUUGCUGUCUUAAGACAUCUGGGUUCUGCAGAGAGGCAGUAUCCUAAUGCCGACCCUCCCUAGAACUUCACCUGACUGCUUUCAGCCAAUGAAUGACAUUUUGUGUGUAGAAAUAUGCACAAAAUAGGCAUUUGCCAGACCAGAGCUCUUGUCCUGGACUGGCUAAUGAUGCCUAAAUGAAGCUGCCAGAGUUAGAGAUACACCUCCUGUAGCAAAGAGGUUAAACUUGGCAUGUGCAGCAUCCAAGCACAUGAUCACUUUAAAUCACUGAAAUGGUCAUGGUGCUUGUAGUAACCCUUUAACACACCUGAUGUUUUGUUUUCUGUUUUUGCAUUUUAUCAACAGAAAGGUACUUGUUUGACAAGUGAUUCCUUAUGGUACAGGAAUACCCCAAUAGAUUUGCUUCUCAUUUUAGAACUGCAAUCUGAUUGGCUCUGAUAAACCACGCAGUGAAGUAUGCAUUUUGGUUUUUACUAUUUGAGGAUAGCUUAUUCAUUUCCCUUUGCUUUCUCUUUCAUGCAGGUUUCCAUUUGAGUGGCACAGUGACAGAGCCUGCAAUGCAGUCAGAGCCAGAAAUUGUUUGCAAUGUAGCCAUCAGCUUUGAUCGUUGCAAGAUUACCUCAGUGACCUGCAGCUGUGGAAACAAGGACAUCUUUUAUUGUGCUCAUGUCGUUGCACUCUCAUUAUACCGCAUCCGCAAGCCGGACCAGGUGAAACUACAUCUUCCUAUUUCAGAGACCCUCUUUCAAAUGAACAGAGACCAGCUGCAGAAAUUUGUACAGUAUUUGAUCACAGUUCACCACACAGAGGUCUUGCCUACCGCUCAGAAACUAGCAGAUGAAAUUCUGUCACAGAACUCUGAAAUAAAUCAAGUUCAUGGUGAGUUAUGCUGCAUUUUGGUAAGAUCUUCCAAUUCUGCCUCUCUAUCAGAUUUAUUUAUUAAGAAGCACACCCAGUGUAGACAGACAAGCAAUCAAUAGUAGAACAUAAUGCGAUGGCAUCUGAAUAUGUGACAGCAUAAGUUUUUCAAACGCGAGAGCAACUUAUCAGUGUGUUAACCACUUUCUUCCUCUUUCUAAAUGAAAAAAUGUCAUUAGAUUAACAAAUUAUAAUUACUAUCAGAACCUGUAGUGGUGGCAUUGAGUUUCAUAACCGUGCUAAGUUCAAUAAACUUCAAAGCCUAGUGUUGCACACUGAUUUGACCAUUAAACUUUUGAUGGCGGAAGGGAGUGAAACACAUUUCAUCUUGUAAUCAUUGGCCCCCUGUCCGAGGCUUCCUGUUUCAAGAAGCAGAGAGAAGCAAAAGACAGGGACAGACCCAAACAGCACUGGCUUUAAGAUUUUGGUGUUAAACAGUUAAUGGUUUAACCCCUACAGGUAAGCCGGCACCUUGGACCUCCUGGUAACGUAGCAUAACUUCAUUCCGAUUAAAGGCACUCUAUAAGAAACCAAACGACUUGAUCUCCUUAAAGUGAUCUGGGUACAGUGUCCCUGUCCCCAUAUCUGCAAUGCAAAACUUUGCAGUUUUACAGAAACUAUAAUGGGUGACAGCCACUAGAGGCACUUUCUGCUGUUUCAAGGAGUUCAACUCUGAGAAACGGUGCUGGAUGUCCUUUGCAUAAGGAUGUUCAACGUCUUGCAAAUACCCAUAUGAAUGUCUUGAUUCAAUGCUUUCCUAUGCAGAAGGUCUACUGUGCACAUCACGCUUGCCACACUUGUGCAUUAGGUUACCCCUUGCUCUGAAGUCGGAGUUUCCAGCACUUGGGGACCUCAGUGCUGGAAACAGGUAAGGGGGCAGUGAGGGCAGAGGAACACUACAACCAUAAAUUCUAUUGUAUGGAGCAUUAUCCUAUAAACCCCUUUCCAACAGAAAUUAAUAAUACAUAUAAUUUGUCUCCAGCCACAGCUCCAUUAAAAAAUAACUGCGUGGAAUUGCCAAUAAGCUAGUAACAGAUACAUUAGCUGCUAUCUCUUUACUAGCAGCUCCUUUCACAUGUGCCUCUUCUCCUGUUUAAUCUGGUCUAUCCCUGUGCUCAUCAAAAGAAAUGUUAAUAUGUAGGUCUCUUUGAUUUUUAAUAAUGUUUUCAGUUCAGUUUGUACUCUGUUAAAGCAAAUUUAUCCUGCUGGUGACAUCUAGGCCUUGUGUAUCCGUUUGGUGCUUUAGUGAUCCCAACUGGUACUCUUAGAUUACAUUACUCGCUGACCAUUGUCCAGGACUGCGGCUAGGGAUAGUCUUUAUGUACCUUUUUUGAGUAGACUGUUAAAAGGGUUGUACCUAGAAUUCAUAUACUGCAGGAAAGAAAUUAAUCAAGGGGGUGUCACAAAGGAACUACGACCAAUAAAUUCUAUUCAGCAGCUCAUGGCUACAGUCUGGCAUUCUUUAUGUGCUACACAUUAUUGCGAAGUACGGUAAAUUGUCCAGGAAGGCUUGGUGGAACUGAUCAUUUGCAACCUGUGCAUUACAGGCGUGUUAAGUGUUAUUGUCACUGGUAUGAUUGUUACUUUAUCUGUAUACAUGCUGAAAUGAAAUGUUUGAGGCCUUCUGCCAUCGUUUUAGUUUGAAAUGGUUUCAUUGCGUGCAUUGCUGCAGGAACAGGAUGUUUGUCUAAAUGUGUGGAGAAGGUUAUUGAAUCUGAGACUUAGAAUACGAGGUAAGUGUUUGGCUCUUAGAGUUGCAUUACAAUAUUUGCAUAUCUGUUAUUCAUGUUUGGUAAAAAAUGCUGACUUAAAAUACAAUAAUGAAGUGCACAAAUUGUGCACAUGAAUAAAAAAAAGCUUAAGGUAGAAUAAGAACAGAAUUUGUUCUUGAAAGAAUUAUUUUAACUAUUUCACCUAAUUACAAAUUGCAGCAAAGUGCAAACUAGCCACUGCAAGAUAGUGUUGUUAAGAGAUAGACAAGUUCAAACAUGCUCCAUCUCCAAUGAUUCAAUUGAAUCCCUUUCCCCACCCCAACAAGGCAUAGUUUUUCUUGGUUGAAGAUGGCUGAUUUUUGCUGAAAUCACUGGUUCUCAUUUUCAAAGAAUUCCCCCUGUGCAGAAAAUACUUGUUCACUCAUAGCUUAAUGUAUCACAUGUCACUGUUUGUUCCACUGCUAUAGACAAGAAAUGUCUAUGCAGCGUUCAUAUCUGGGAAUUCCACCUACAGUGGCUUUCUUUUCACAUUCUAUUAUUGACCUCCCCUGCUUUGCUAUAGAAGCCUUCAUCUGGAGAAUAAUUGCUGAAAAUGUAAGGAAAUUGACUUACAUCUGGGUACUGAUACUGAGUGCAAAAAGGAUGGAGCUUGUAUAACCAUCACAUGUAUAUGCCAAUUGUGUCCUGAGCAAAACAGUGUAGUGUUGGUUGGAAACUUGCAUUUAUUUAUGUAAGGGUCUCCAUGUCUUCCAGAGGAUUCCAUUUUAAAAACUUGGUUUCAUAUGCAUAUAUUCAAUGUGGUUUGUAAUCCAAGUUGUUUCUGCUGUUAAGUAUUCUACUGACAAAAUGUACCUUUUAUUUCUAUAGAGCAUCAAUCACCUUGACUAAUUAUUCCACAUCUCCAGUAUUUACUUAACGCAAACAUGAUGCUUAAAAUGUAGAACCCCUUAAGGAUCAAGGCUUUUUUUUGGUGAUGCAACGUGUUUGUGGCCAAGGCCUUUUUGGCACCUUUACCAUGUGUUCUCCCACAAUUUCCCCCUUUCUGUUUAUAUAUUAUAUAUUAUUUGUUAAGGAGAAAUAAGACUUAACUUUGAUACCUUAUAUUUAUACAUCACAAUUGUAAACAGGAAUUAAAUAGGAAUAAUUUCUACACAUCCGAAAACUGGACUAAUUACUGAAUCUAGUUUUAGUUAGAUUGUUAAAAUGCCCUAUAUGUCUAGGAUUUCACUUAAUUUUUAAAACUAAUAUUGAAAGAGUAAAUUACAAUAUUAAAGCUAAAACUUUGCACAAUUUGACCUUCUGAGAUUACAACUUUCAUAGUAGUCACAUAAUUCAAAACUGGUACACAAGUAUAUGUGCAGAAAGUAGAUCUAUUAAACUAUGUAACUGAGAACAUUUUGACACUUUUUCAUUUAACCAUUUUAUGCCAAACCUAGGUCAAAUUGGUUAAUUUUUUUAAUCUAAUUUUUAUUGCACACUUUAGCACUAUUGCAAACACCCUGCAAACACUACUGGUCUCUAGUACAAUGAUACCCCGCAUGUAUACCUUUUCCCGUAAUCUUACCCAUAAUUCCAGUCCUUAUCCUAGCCAUAACCCAGUUGUAAUCCUGUCCCCUAAUCACACGUCUCUAGGGAUUCCCUGUGAACCCUCUAUACAGUGUGAUUGGAGCGUGAGAGGGAGAGCUAUUUCUCGUGCUGUAGCAUACAGAGAAUGGUGCUGGGCUGUUGGCAGAGCCCAGCAUUGAUCCUGCUGCAUGGAUAAUUCAGUUAGACCUCCCAAGGUGCUGCUUAUAUGUCUUCUGUCCGUAUUAACCCUAGCUGGUACCUUGACUGCAUGAAGUCUAUGCCAUCACUUGGCAUUAAAGCCCUGCACUGCUGGACAGCAUAGACCUCAUGUAGUAAAAUUAAACCUACAAAUAAUGCAAUCUGCAACAUAGCAUUUUAGUAACUGAAGGGAAAAAUAAGCAAGUAUGUAAAUAAUUGUUAAAUUAAUGAAUCUAGAGAAUAUUUAAAAAAUAUAUAUUUUACAGAUUUUUCACUGGCUAUAUUAAAAAAAAAAAAAAAAAAGAAAAAGAAAAAAAAGCUGAACCACCUUCUGGAUUGUAUUGUUAGGAGCUAGGUUUAGGGGCUGAUUGUUCAGCUAUAAGGCUGGAUCCUUUCAGGUGGCAGGAUAAUUCUUGCCUUUAUGGGUUUUUUUGAGACAAUCUACACUAUUUGCACAUUACCGGGUGAGAGUUUGUAGGCUUGAUAAGUGAUCAUGUUGUACCCCCUUUUCCUUUUGUGCACUUCACCUCCAAAAUCUGCAUUAAUGUCCAUUAUGCAUUGAAGGGAAAGCAUAGAAACCACAUGUGCUUUAUCUCAUUGUAGUGGUUAUGGCAUCAUCCUUCCAGUUGUCAAUAAACAAUUUGAAUUGUUUUUAGGCCCAUACCCUCUCUGCUGCUUGGGAAAAUGAGUACACAUCCUGAGCAGCAGUGGGCGGCUUUGAUUGGAUGAGAUGGUAUGCUAACUUCAUUCAGGCUAUCACAAUACCACUGCAGGUAUGAAUUGGUAUGCCUACAAGGAAGUGUGUAAUCUCUGCCUUAGACACUCCUCCAUUGAGGACAAAGCUACUAGAAGUCAGAGGUCCAUCAUUCUGUGUUAAAUUGCUCGAAAAUGGUUUAAAACUGAAUGGGGGGCACUAUUACCUAUUCAGUAAGAUUAAAUGGUUAUAGUUAUGGUCUACGGUGUCCCUUUAAAAAACACUCCAUACAUGUAACCACCCUUCAAUAAAUAUAAGUAGUGUCUCCAGUGGGUGUGGUGGAAGAGAGGUCCCCGGCUACAGUGUCUAUGGGUGGAUCGUCCAUCUGUCAGCUGUGAGCAGUUUUAUAUGUUCAGGGUGCAUUUCUACUUUUAGUUGCAUAGUACUCUGGGCACUUAAAGGACAACGGUCAUCUUAAGACUAUUUAAUAUAAUAAUCUUUUUGUCAAGCUUUCAAAGAAAAUUGAUUUUAUUUAGAUUACGUAUAUGUAAAUGAGAAACUUAUCUCUACCUGUAGUAUUUUUUUGAAAAGAUUAUUAUAUUAAAAAUAAUUUUGAGGUGACAGUUGUCCUUUAAGGCUGAAGCUCACACCAUUACUUUAUACGCUAUUGAGAUAUUGCAAGAAAACAUGUGCUAGAUUAAAACAAAUCCUUUGUAGGUCCCAUUUUAGAAUUUGUGCUGAGGGUGCAGAAGGUGCACGUUCCUAGCAAAUGCAGCAUUCAUCUGUCUGAGAUUAGUGGGAGUAACGUUUCUGGGCAUAGCUGCUAUUUGAAACUAAUAUUUCAGUCCUUCUCCUAUAAAUAUGCUGUAAUAGGAACCAGGAGACAGAAUGACUAUCUUCUGCUCCUCUCCUGUGAUAGGAAUAAAUUGCCAGCUGCCAUCCAACAGUGUACCUCUUAAAUAUCUGGUAAGCCUGCAUAUAAUCCCCACUGUUGAAUGCAGAAUUGGAAAGCCUGAUUUCCUUGUUAUAGUAACAGGCGAAGUGUGUGUAUAUAUAUAUAUAUAUAUAUAUAAUAUAUGCGUGUGUGGAAUGGCUAACAUUUUUUAUUUUGUAUUUGUGUGAUUGGAUUAUCUCUUACAUAUAAUUUCCUCUUCCAUGCUGUCCGACUUGUCAUGAGCCUCCUCACCCUCCCACUACAUAAUUAUCCGUUCUUAUAGUAAUUUGCUUUUUUUUAAUGGUAUGGCCCAUAUAGGCGUAGUAUCAUGGCACACUUCAGGCUGCUACAGGUAAUUUUUCAAUCCUAUCGUUAUAAAGGGCUACUAAAGGCACUCAGACCACUUAAUCUCAAUGAACGGUGCAAUGUAAAAUGUUGCAGUUUUGUAGAAACUGCAAGCUUUCCAUUUGCAGGUUAAACACACCUCUAUUGGCUGUCUUCCUGACAGUAGAAGUGAUGCCUUGUGAGAACAGUCAGACUAUUUUUACUCAAAUUAUCAGUCAUGAUGAUCUCAGCCAGGAAGUCAUAGGGGCUGUGGUGAGACCAUAACAACAUGGAGAUAAAGUAAGUCAAACUUACCUUCUAAACCCUCUUGGAGUGGAGAAAAACUCGGAACAAUAAAAAGCUAUGUGAUGUUAGUAUUCUUAACACUGUGGCGUUCCUUUAAUGACAUGCCCAUAAAUGCAUAUUAUAUGAUUAGAAUUGUGUAUAUAUAUAUAUAUAUGUAUGUUUUAAUUUCUCUUGUGGAUACAGUGACAAUACUUGUUUUAAAUAGGGGGUAGAAUAUGGCAAUCACACAAUUCUCUAGGUAGUGAACUAAUUGGCAUGGUGUAAAAGCCCACCCUGUAGAGUAUGCACCACUGCGUGUUCCUUGGAAACCCCCAAUUAAACCUAAGUGGAACAAUAUGUGGUAAGGCUGAUGAGAUCUGAAGUAGUCUCCUUAUGCUUUUACUGACACAAAGGUGUUCUUCUAGAAUCCUGACAAAAAUGUCUUGGGUAUUCCCAGGCUACUGUUUUCAUCUUAAUCUCAGGCUUGACAUUCACAGUUAACAUGGAGCUAGCUGUUCAUUGUAGAGCAUCAGGUUCCUUUUUGAUGUUUUUUUUUUUCUUCUUCUUCUUCUUUUAAUCCUUUAUUCUGCUGGUAUGUAGUUAGUAUUUUCUUGAUUUAAACCUCGUAAGCAACCAGCGGUUUUAACUGUGCAGGUUCCAUGAAGGAGUAAGAAAUUCAUAAUUUUGCAGUUACAUACUAUAUGCACUUCUGGCAUUUUAGAGGUUGCACUCAAAUCAGCGUUUUGUUAUGACUUUCUUCCAAAAUCAUCUGCUUGUUUAAAAACACAACAAUUGUAUUUGUUGUCUUCAUAUAAAAGAGAAAUUAGAUUAUUGAUAUUCAUUUUGAUUUUAGUUCUGCUGCCAGAGAUCGUAAAGCCAUAGAUGCUCACCUAGGGUUUGCCUGAUAUUCGGUUCUGAAAGGGUUCAGCAAUUGUACGCUAUCCGGGGGACUGUGUCUGAAUGUAGGGUGAUUGAGGACUUAUAACAUGAUGUAUCGGCUGACAUUCCUUAAAAUUUAGAACCUACAGGGUAGGAUACUAAGCAGAAUUUACAGAAAUUGCACAGACAAAGAUUAGAAUUGCCAUGUGAUCACAAAGUUAUUAUUCUGCAAAAUUCAUUAUUUCUAGGUAACUAUUUGCUAUUAUUGAUCUGUCAGCUGUAGUUAGGACUAUAUUUCUUAAAAUUCUCUCAAACUUUGCUUUAUACUUGCAUUCAAACCUCAGCUGCACCAGCCAUCGAGGUAAAUCAAGCAUGUCAAAUUCAAAGUCUAGCACGGGCCAAAUAAACCAGGUUUUGUGGGCCCCAAAAACUUACAUUUUCAUAGAAACGUAAGUUUAUUUUGAAAAGUACAGUAUAAAAAAAACCCCAGCCUCCUCCUCUACUAAAUCCCAGUCCCCCACAUACUAAAUACCAGUCACCCCUCUACUAAAUCCCAGCACCCCCUCUAGCCAACAAACAGACUCCACUCACAGCUGGUGUAGGGAUCUUCUAUCUGGAGAUCUCAGUCUUUCUGCUGCCCUCUGCUCCCUCACGCGUGCAGUUUAGUGAUGCCGGCACAUGGCAUCACUACAGAUGGCACGCGAGGGAGCAGUGAGGACCUGGAAGACUGAGCUCCUCCAGUGACUUCUGUGUCCCGGCCGGGUAAAUUUUAGCAGAGUAGGCACCUGCAAUGUGGAGAAAACAGGUGUCUACUCUGCUUUAACACUAAGCAUGUCUCAAACUCGCGGCUCGCUGGGCCGCAAAGAUGCUUGUUGUGGGCCGCGAGUUUGACAUGCUUGAUGUAAAUGAUCAGAUAAUGAUAGGGCCAUAUUGAUGCAUCUGUCUAUACUGCUUUUGAGUGUUUACAGUUUGAGGCAUAUUUAAAUGCUGGUGAUACUUUUAAAACACAUCUGAUCUAGUGACUGUGAUCUACUAUUUUCAAUAAAUACAACUACUUUUUCUAAGGACUUUCUAAUUAAAGAAAUAGAACACAUACAUUACAUUUGUACUGAUUUUUUGUUUUUUUGCAUAUAUUUUAAAUGGUAAUUUGUCCCUGGUAAAAUAAAGCACUGUGCUUAAAAUGCUUAAAGAUUUUUUUGGGGGGGAGAACAGUUGUUCUUUGUCUAAAGUUAAAGCUACCUUGAGGCUUAUGAGCUCAGUGCUCAGGUAUUCCGUUUUGGCUAUGCUCUGCAGUCACAGGUGUGCUACAAACAUUGCUAAAGCAUGUAUGAUCUGCUAAUCCAUCCAACAAAGGGCAAACUGGUCCUCACAAAGUAGGUCUUUGUUUUCUCACCAUCCUUUUGAUACAUUUUUAUCUUUAUAUGUGCUAACAGGAUAUAAUUGGGUUGUAGUGGUAGGUUACUGAAAGAGGGAUGGAAAAUAAAAAUCUAAAGACCAUUGGAUUCAUCAGAAUUAAAAGCAUUGGCCCUGUCUCUGAUGAAGACCCCUACUCCCAUUCUAGCAAAUACUCUGAGCUGCAAUAUCUAUAGACCUUGUGGCUGAUUAAUUUGUGGCUAAGUGCAGUAUUGGCACUUCAGGUGUUGUGCAAUCCAUAACUAGUUUGACUGCUUGGGGCCUCAUGGGGAAUGGUUUGCAACAUCUGGCAUACCAGAGUUUGCUAUCACUACAUUCAAACAAUUACAAUAAGCACAUCUGUGUGUUAGAAGAAAGGGGUCAUUAUGUUUUGUUUACUUGGGUGAAUGCAUUUGUAAAAAAAUCUAAGCCCUAAUGGUAAAUCGUUUUGUGGCUAUACCUUACUCGGCUUAAUUUUCACUUAAAAAAAAAAUGCUGUCUAUCUAGUGAAAUUUUAAAUCUAAGAAUGAAAGUAGCAUUUAUUUACCUUCUCUCCUUCUUGCCUAUCUGACAUUAGGUUGGAUUUGUCAGUCUGCCGUUCGCUCCUUAUUAAUUUUAUUCUUGCCAUGCAAUGCUACUGCUUUCAAACAGAGAGCAGAGAUUGUCCAGAAGCUAAGUCAAACGCUGUUUUAAGCAGUCUCUUCUGAUUUAAAUUAAAUGUAAUUUUUAGAUGAUCUUCCUAAACUUUAAAGACAUUGUAUGUAAUGGUUUGUGUAAAUUAAGCACAAAGAUGGUAAACUUCUGCUUUAGAGUACAAGGCAGACAAGUUUCUUUUAACAUUGUUGAGAUUUGUGUUAUUGUAGUCAGACAGCAAAGGCGUCAAAAAAGUAAAAAAAACAAAUAAAACCUCUUGCUUUGUUAAAACGUUUUCUCAGUUUUAAAAUAAAAAACACCACCACUAAGGUAAUCUGCAGUAUAUCAGAAUCGUAUCUUGGAAACCACUCCCCCUGCUUAAAUUGUUUUUUUCUUUAUAAGUGAUUAACUUCUUUUUAAGACAUCUUGGUCAGAGAUUCCACCAUUGCUUCUUUUGUGUACAAAGUGUAGCACACAGCACCAUGAACAGUCUAUUGCUGGCUACCAGUACAGUAUAUAGAAAGACCUGUACAAAAGUACCUGUAUCAUACUUUGCUACCUGCUGUCAUACAGAUAAAGUAAAUUGUAUUUUUCUGCACUGAUUCCUGAUACAGUAAUAACGACUUGAUCAUUUUAAGGCAGAAUUACCUUUCCAUUUGUGAGUCUGCCAUUCUACAAUGCACUAUGUUUAAUUGAAGGCAAACUAAAUGUGGUUCUUACACGGACCACGUUUAAUAACCCCCUAUUGUCCUCAGCCAACCAUUUUGUGGCCGAUGUCAGUGAGGCCGUAUUUAUUCUAGUUUUAGUUUAAUAUAGCUGAAGAGCUCAUAUUAAUCUUCUUUCUUAUUUCUAAAAAACAAAUCCAUGCUCAUUUUGAAUCUGUCACAAUGUUGUGUUCAUUUAUAUAGGACAUCACCAGAUAGCUCAUUUCAGUCUGUUUUAAUCUAUACCCUUUUUUGGUUAGCACCAUGGAAUUUGUCACCAUAUUCUUCUCCCUUUCUAGUGAGAGGACCUAUGAGCAUAUUUGUCUCUCUUAGUUUAUAUCCUCUUCCCAACGGACUGAGUAUCUGAUUGUGCCCACACCUGCUUUAUUUAUUCUCUGUUCUUAGUGCCACUGAAGUGUGUGUGUGUGGGGGUCUUGUGUAUUCCUCAUUCUCGGGUCCCUUGCAAGAGGGAUGUUCCUAGAACUGCACUCUUCUGGACAGCGAUCUCAGACCCACCUGAAAUCUGCUGGAGCCCCUCUCUCAUCUUGGAGGUUACUGUCUGGAAAGCUUCUAUCACCACUGGGACCACUACUGCCUUCGCUUUCCACAUCUUUUAUAUUUCCCCUUUAGUUCCUUGGUAUUUGUCCACCUUUUAAUUUUCUUUCUUCUUGAUGUUAUGGUCGCCGGGUAUUAUCACGUCCCCCACCACUACUGUAGUCUUUUCUAUUUCUUGUGUACCACCAUGAUGUCUGGUUGGUCACUACUUCCUUGGCUGCCUAGAUAUGAAAGUCCCACAGGAUCUUAGCCCUGUCAUUUUCAACUACCAUUUGUGUUACCUCCCAUACCUCCCAUCUGGACUUAGGUAGGUUCAUCCAAAAUUCUCUGCACCAUCUCAGCAAAUUGAUUGUGCCUCAGUGUAUAUUCUGUCCCUGCUAAUAUUAAAAUAUUACAUAUAAUUAUUUAAAAUUGAUGUUGCUACUCACCUGUUUCCUUCCAGCCCUUUGAUAACCGUUUCUACACUGCUGGGGAGAAUCGGAUUUAAAGGACCAUUAUAGUGCCAGGAAAACACCCUAAGGGUCCCACUCCCGCUGGGCUAAAGGGGUUAAAACCCCUUCAUCCACUUACCCUUUUUCACCGCCGGGCUUCUCUCCUCCUGCCGACAUCAGAUUUGAAUGCGCUUUCCUAUGGACGUCAGCGUCUUCUUACUGCUAUGUUUACAGCUACAGGGUUAACACUAGAGGGACCUGGCACCCAGACCACUUCAUUGAGCUGAAGUGGUCUGGGUACCUAUAGUGGUCCUUUAAGCCAGAAACACUCUGAGCUUGAGCCCAAAAUAUUAUUGGUGUGGCAUAUGUAGAUUUUAAGCAUAGUUUUUAGGUUGGGACUUUUUGCAGGAAUCUUAAGCCCUGCCAGCGUGCAACACAUGGCUUUAGGAUUUAGUGUAGCAUUCUGGGACUGAACCACUGAUGCAGUGUGUAUGCGCAGCUCACUUACAAAUGUUAUGACCGUUUACUUGCCAGUUCUCUUAAGAUAUAAAGGAGUUUCUCAUCUCUGGUUAAUAAGAAGGUAUUUUUCUAUCAUUUCUUUUAUACCUGACAAAUCCUGUAGCUUUGAAAGCAGAAAGGAAAUUGUACUAUAGCUAAACCUGGCUUUAAAGAUGUCCUAUUUUUUCAGAUUGUCUUGCCCCUGACACUUCAUAAACUGUGAUGCAUCAAUUCUUGUUCUUUGUUUGACAUACAGGUGCUCCAGACCCUACAGCAGGCGCCAGUAUAGAUGAUGAAAAUUGUUGGCACUUGGAUGAAGAGCAAGUUCAGGAACAAGUGAAAUUAUUUCUGUCACAGGGUGGAUACCACGGAUCGGGAAAGCAACUCAACUUGCUGUUUGCAAAGGUACAUUACUGCAAAUGAUUGCACAGACUACAUUUCCUGGGUAUAGAUUGGCCCGCAGUGCUCUUUUAGAAGAUUACUCAGUAUGUUUGUAAAUAUAAAUAUAAAUAUAUAUAUAUAUAUAUAUAUAUAUAUAUAUAUACAUACAUAUAAACACAACACAGAAUAAUCCAAAACCUUGCACUCCUACCUCCAGCCAAAAUGAUACCAAGCCACACUUGUCUACAGGAAAUAGAAAAUUGCCAGCAUUCCUGGAUUUGUAAGCAAUUAUUUUAUUCUCACAGAUAGUCGACGUUUCAGUUCCUAGCUUGGAACUUUCAUCAGGACACAAAGACCUAUAUAUAUAUAUUUUGCUGACAGGCAGGAGAGAGCAGGCGCGCACACAGUGCCUUCUCUCUCCUGCAAACGUCAGACGUGUCUUAAUACGUCUGACGUGUACAUGGCCUUUUUAGGGCCCUACAUGAUAGGAAGUCCCUCUGGUGGCCGUCUGAGUGACAGCCACUGGAGGUAUUCCUAUCAAUCUCUGAAAAUACAGUGUUUACAUUAGAUUGCCUGCAGGGAGCUAUAGAUCUCACCUGAACAAAUACAUUAAGCUGUAGUUGUUCAGGCGACUAUAGUGUCCCUUUAAUGGAAUUUAUAAGGAUUUCACAGUGUGGCUACUUUAAUAUUUCUCCAAAGAUCUACCUACUUACACUGCCCUAGGGCCUUCCUUGGGGCAUCCAUGGCAAGUCUUUACAAGUCUAUCCCUUUAUUGGUUACACAAUGGUCUAAUCUCACUGUAUUUGUGCAGCUCAAAUCUUGCAUUCUGUUGAGUUAUUGCCCCAGGCUAGAAGCUAUGGAUCCUCCAAGGGCAGCAGCAUGAUAUCUAACAAAGUAUAAUCCCAUAGAUACCCUUACUACUUGUUUUUAAUUAAAGUAUUAAAGCACUAUUAAAUUGAUUUAGAAUUGUUUUCAAGGUAAAAAAGAAAAAACAUAACAUUUAGUUUCUUGCAUUUUCAAGUAUGUCCUAAGAGGCUUAACAAUAUAAAUGGUGUUCUGUCAGAGGCUUAUUGGAUACCAAGGUAGAAAUAUAUCUAUAGCUGGUACAUGCUAUUAAGGUAUAGUACAGUGAUUUCAUCAGAUUGACAGGAGUGAUAAUUUUUGUGUGCUAAUUAAGAUGCUGGGUUAAAAAUUUAUAGAUAUUACUCAUACCCACACACACACACACGGGCUUGAGCUACACAAACAAGCCUUAAUCCUUGGACCAAGUAUUGAAUCACAAGUCCCCCCCAAAAAGUUCAUGAGGGAAAAAAACUCAAACUUGUAUAAUCCCUAGAAACCGGUUUAAAAAACAAUUGAGGUAUUUCUAAGAUGUAGCUAUAAAUGAAUCUAUUAAACACUCAUGCUGCACAGGAAAGCCUAGGCAUCAUUUGUAGGCAAAUAUUUCCAGCUCUCUGCUUUUGAUAAAUACUCUAGUGCAUAAUUGAUACAAAAGGAAAUACAGGAUGUCUCCAAUUUUAGGCAAGCCAAAUAUAUUGUGUAGUAUGCUUGUAUUGUUUUGUUCUAGGUGCUCUGUGUGUAAAAUAGAGUAUUAAUAGACACUGGGGUGGAUGUAUGACACAUUUUAAUGUGCUCGGGAUAAUGCAAAUAUCAGUAAAAUUUAUCUGACUGCCAUUACUUGCAUCAUAUAACUAUACAUUUAGCUUCUGCAGUUAUAUCCUCUGAAAAUAUAACAUUACUGGUAACUGUCUUUCCUUGGCCUGAUAAUUUUUCGAGUUUUUUUGUUUCCUUGCAUAUUUUAAAAGCACCUUUUUUUUUUGUUAGCAUGGGCUUCAAACUGCUUUUUUUUAAAUUUUAUAUGUUUCUCUACUUCUCACCUCCUUUUUAUUGUCCUUGUAGUAUUUACUUGCUUACUACCCUAGAUACCGUAAUGUACCAGAAAUGGAUCAGCUGUGUACCCCACCCCCUCUUUAUGGUACAUUAAGUUAUAAAGGGUAGUAAGCAAACUAAAUAAUGUAAUCCACGAUAUGAUCUGAUGCCUUCUUGCUACAAGUUAACCACUCAAAAAAAUAAGUGUGUGCUUUUUAAAAAAAUCAAGAUGCAUUUACUAAAGUAACUGUUAUAGAAUAUCCGCUCAAUAUCCACCUUUUUUUUUUUUUUUUCUGACAGGUGCGAGAGAUGUUAAAGAUGAGGGACUCCAAUGGAGCUCGAAUGCUGACGUUGAUAACUGAGCAGUUUAUGGCUGACCCUCGGCUUUCAUUAUGGAGGCAACAAGGCACUGCAAUGACUGAUAAGUACAGGCAGCUUUGGGAUGAAUUAGGUAAUUUAUUUUGUAUAGUCAUGGCUCACUGAUAUUUUGAAUUCUGUAACUUCAGAUUUUGUUUUGAUGGCUACAUUUCCCAUGAUGCUCAGUAAUCACGGGCUGAUUUUAUACUGGCCCUUAGUGCGUAGUGAGUCCAUACACAGCAAGAUAUUGUUGACUUGAGUGUCCUGGAGAAUGUAGUUGAAGUGACAAAAGUAACUAUUUCUGAUUAAGUUGCUCUUUUCCAGUUUCCUAAAAAUUGGUUUCCUCUGGUUAGCUCUAUCAUCUGCUGUGUGACUGUAUCAAAACUGUUUGUUACUUACAUUUGUAUUGCAAUUUUCUUUCCAGUCCAUGUAAGCAAUUCAGCAUACUUAAAGCGGCACUGUCAUGCCGCACUUACCUUUCUUUAAUCGAUUCCUCUUCUCUCCUUCUGUCAGGAUCUGUUCUUUUCUUAAUGUCUGCUCUAGUUUUCUUUAAAACAAAAGACAAAGUAGGGACUCGGUUUCCAACGCGUGACCAGCGGAGGAGCAAAGUGUUCCGGUGGUCAGAGCAAUUUUCCCACAAGUCUCACCUUUGAUCCGUGAUCUUGCGAUGCUUCCUGUCAGUAUUCCCAAACGUCCUGUCACUUAGGACGAAAUUCUGUAGUUUCGCCGGCGUUCUGUCUAACAGAAUGAGAACAGUUUAUCCAUUCGUGUUAGGACGCGAUUUGGGACUUUGUUCGGAUCGGAAUUUCAUUCAAAUGAAUGAAACUCUGAUCCUAUUUGUGCCGCGGCUGCAUCUUGAUGCAUGUCUGAGCAGUGGGUGAGUGCCCUAAAUAACAAUAGUGGGGGGGGAGGGUGGAGAAGGACCUAUUGUCGUCCCCACCCAUGAGCGGCGGAUGGGGGCCCUAAAUAAAAAUGGGAAAACUAUUGUUCCCCCAAGCCCCUACCACUGAGCGGCGGGUGGGGGUCCUAAAUUAAAUUUGGGGGCGUGCGACCUAUUGUCCUCCCCACCCUUGAGCGGCGGAUGGGGGCCCAAAAUAAAAAUGGGGGGGGCGGGACCUAUUGUCCUUCCCUCGGCCCACACUCCUGAGUGGCCCCCCUCCACCAAAAAAAAUUAAUAUACCCCUACAUACCUCCCUCAUCCUAAAAAUAGUGAGGGAGGAACAAUAAAACAACUAAAUCCCUGUAAAUAAAAAAAUAACAAAAAUUAUUUGAUGUCUUUUUUUCUAAAAUCUUUCUUCAGCCCCAAAAAAGGCCAAAUAAAAGUCCAUAAUACCCAUCGGAAUAAAAUAAGACACUAAAAAAAAUAAUUUCAUCUUCACCCAUGGAGGGCACCGAGAAGACUGAGCUCCGCAGGGCGGGGAAAGGCUUUAUAAGCGGAGCUCAUUCUGCACGGUUCUCUCCAUGGGUGAAGAUGGAUUAUUUUUUAGCGUCUGGGUUUGUUUUUUUUUGUUUUUUUGCGCUCGUGUUUAUAUCCGGGUAUUAUGGAUGUUUAUUUGACUUUUUGGGGGGCUAAAAAAGACUUCAAAUAAUAUUUUUUUAUUUACAGGAAUUUAGUUUUAUUGUUUUUAGGGUAUGCGGGGUAGGUAGGGGUUUAAUUUUUGUUUGGGUGGAGGGGUGACUAGGGGUUUGGUGACCCCUAGUCACCGGGGGGGUGACUUUUUAGAUUCUCCCCACCCCCCCUAUUGUUAUUUAGGGUUCCCACCUGCUGCCGCAGGCUGCUCACUGUUUAAUAGACAUGCCCCUACUUGUAUUAAAGCGGGUAGGGGCAGAAUUUACUAAUACUAAGUAAUCUUUACUUAGUAUUAGUAAAUUUGGCUGAAAGACCAAUUUACGUCUUUCAGCCUUUUGGUAGAUAGCUCCCUAAUAUCGUGGGAAUGAGGAAGUUAUCUACUUGGUGGCUGCAAGAUGCAGCCGUGGCAUGAAUAGGAUCGGAGUUCUAUUCAUUCAAAUGAAAUUCCGAACAAAGUCCCGAAUUGCGUCCUAACCCGACUGUUCUCAUUCUGUUAGGACGAAAUUCGGUAGUUUUGCCGGCGUUCUGACAGGCUGUUCGGGAAUACUGAUAGGAAGCAUCGCGAGAUCAUGGAUCAAAGGUGAGAAUUGUGGGAAAAUUGCUCUGUCCACCGGAAAUGAAGCACACUUUGCUCCUCCGCUGGUCAGGCGUAGGAAACCUCCAUAAGACAAAGUAGUCCCUACUUUGCUCUAGUUUUCUUUAAAACAUAUGACAGUCAGGAAGAAAUGAAGUACAGACCCUGACAGAGGGAGAGAAGAGGAAUUGAUUAAAGAAAGGUAAGUUUGGCAUGACAGUGCCGCUUAAAGUUUUGGUGGUUAGUGUAACGUAGGCCUGCCCUUUGUCUUUAUAGUAGAUAUUUGACACCAAAGUGUAUUAUUGCCAUGUACUCUCAAUAUUUCGUUUUAAGGUCUUUAUUCACAAUAUAUCAGAGUAAAGGGCGGUCAAGAUCUUGAAGACUUUUUUUUGUUUAUUUCAGUUGAUAUUGCACUAUUUCCAAUGAUUUUCUUUAUAUGCGGCACUAUUUAAAUCAUUAAACACUUUUAUUUAUUUGGGUGUUUAUUUCACUUAUUUUGUAAGUUGGUCUUGCUUUGAACAGUGACAGAGCUGCUUUAACAUCUUGCAAAAUGUUUUGCUUUGUAAAAUACUUGGCCAAAUCACCACCCCCUUUUUUUGGUUGUUUUUCUUUUUUGGUUCAAGCUAUGCCUGUUUUUAUCACUUGUAUGUGUUUACUAUUAUAAUAAUCCAUUUCGCAGCCAACUUGGCAGCAGUCUGUAAAUGAGUUAUUUGGCAUAUUAAUACAGGAACUUUAUGCUCAGUUCUCCGUGGUGGUUGUUUCCUCCUGGGAAAUUUCUUAUGAUCCAUACUUGAGAGGAGCUGCGGAAUAAUUUCUCUGGACUGCACAACAUUCAGUGCAAUGUAGAGCAGCAUGUUCUGAAUGUCCCCAUCAUUCUGUGAAGCAGUCAGAUCACCAAAUCUGCCUGAUGUUAAUAAAAGCCAAAAUUAUGCACUGAAUGGAUCUAGCAUUUCAUCCAUACAAACUGACAAUUGUUUAAAGGCUUGCUUUUUAUAUUUGUUUUUUAAUAAACAGAUACUUGAAAAAUAAUCUGUUGAACAGUCCCUAUUGUCCGUGCAGAACAGGAGGCUGCAUCCAUUCAGAGCUUUAGGAAUAAAUCUAAAUUUAGAUUAGAAAGUGCUUUGUCAGACAGUCAGCAUUUUAUUAUAGAUUAUCUUGUAAAUUAUAUGUUCAUUUUUCAGAUUUUUAUUUUUUAUUUUUUUUGUAUGAGCCAAGCCUAAAAUGUAUUUGCUAUUGCAAGCCUGGAGGGCCUGUGGCACGUUAGCUAGAUUAUUAAUAUGUUGGUAUGCAUUUUUAUAUAUGCCCACUGUUUUCAUCGUUGUAGUAAUUUAUACUGUGUUAUGGAAAUACAUUGCUUUCUUUAGUCUUUUACAAAUCAGAACAAUUAAUUAGUCUUUAAAAAAAAAAAAAACCUGUACAUAUGCGGUGAGGAAUCACAGCAGCCAUGUUACGCAGAUAGAAGGGAAAAAACACUUCUUAAAGAGGAAUUAGCAACUUAAUAUAUUACGUUUUUAUGAGGUCUGAAAAAAUUACAUUAAAUUUGGAAGUCCACUCUUCUUGUCUGGAAGCGGGUACAGCCAUCUUAGUCCUAAAUGCUGCCAUUUUCUGUCAUUGUUUUAACUCUUCCACUAUGUUCACUGUUUUUGUUCUCCUUUGUAUUGUGUACCCGGGCUGUUCCUGGACUGAACUGGAUUGUAAUGUCACUUGCUAAAUCUUUGAUAUAUAUUUUAAAUGAAAUUGAAGCAUCACAUUAAUUUACUGAAGUGAUCAUUCUUAGUAAAUUUCAAAUGUAAAGUGUCCCUUUAAAUCCAGAGUAGCUGAACUUAAAGCACAGUUGACUUAUAGAACUUUUCCAAUUUGGCUGUUUUUAGCCUUUAAAUUUGAAAUUCACUUUGAAUUCUCACUUUAGGCAAUAGCCCUGAACGUAUAGUUGCCUUAUAUCAGAGAAGUGGCAGUUCGCUCUGAAAGUGAGUGGCUGCAACAACUGCAAACAGUGCAUCCAGGAUGCUGUAUUCUUAGUUUUAAGUCAAUGUGUAUGUAAAUAUACAAAUGAGAAUAUCUGUAAAUAUAGAAAAAUACCAAAUAUUUGAAAUUGUCUGCAAGUCACUGUAGAAUUAGGCAUUCUUUACAUAGGGGUUUAUAAUGGUUUCAUGGAGCCUACUCAUCACGACCAGUCCACAAGUCCCAUAAUUAACCCUUGAUUGCACAUUACUUUUGUGAGUCUAUGCUUUUUUCAGUCAAAUUGACCACUAUAUCACACCGAGCUUUUAAAGUGUUUAUUAUGGAAUAUGUAACAGUUCAUAUUAGAUGUUCACCUAAUUUGUAGAUCUUAAAAAUAAAAUCCCUAAUCUCUCCUAAGGAAAGUUUAACUACUCUCCAACAGCAGGCUCCAGCUGACUGUCACUCAACCUCUAAGUGAAAUACUAAUGGGGGGCACUAACCAAAGUGCACCAUCUUACUCACACAGUGCUGCCAUAUAAACAAUGCAUGUAAUAUACAUCCAUUUUUUUUACGUAAAACUGGUAUUUAACAAUACCUUUCUACAAAGUCUUAGGAGCAAUCUUGGUUUUCUAUGCUUUAAAAUGUCUCCUCUUAAAAUGCAACAGUUGAUACAUAUUCUUUUCUUCACUCGUGUAUCCUAUAGGGGAUGCAACUUGAAGAACUAAUGACAAGGUUAAACCACCUGAACAACAGGCACAUAGGCUUUGACAUCGGAGACCUUUGAAGGUUCAAUUCCUAAAUGCCCGACUUCUUCCCAGGGUGACUGUUUGAUCACUCAUGGGCCUAACUUGAUAAUUAGAACAAGUUUAAUUUUUUUUUAACCCCAAGCUAUGGGAGUCAGGAUGGAGGAGGACUAUUAUGCAAAUUUACAAAUGAUUUAUAAUUAUGAUUGGAGGAUUAUUUGAAUUACUUACGGGUGAGACUACCUUUUUCCUUACUCAACUAUAUCAAAUAAAUUAUAUUAGGUUGUCUUAAGAAAUUUCUUUCAUUUUACUACAUUGGAGAAAUAAGUUUAUCUCCUGGCCAGGUAGAAUAUCGGCAGUAAAAAUGUCAAUAUUACCUAAAUUGCAAUGUCUAUUUAGAACAUGGCCAAUAGCAAUACCAAGGUCUUAUUUUCAGAAAUUACAAGAAAUUAUCAAUUUAUUUAUAUGGAACGGUCAAGUUCUAGAAUAGCACUUAACAUAUUAAGCAAACCUGUACAACAAGGAGGCAUGGGGUUGCCAAAUAUACCUUAUUAUUACAAAGCAGCAAUAAUCAAUAUUAUACUAUCUGUUCAUCAGAUUCAUAACCUACCACAAUGGUUACAUAUUGAAAACUAUUGGCUGAAUGGGACAAACCUUAUAGAUUUAGUUUGGUUACCACAAGCUCUAAGACCAGUUCUCCCACAAGCUUUGCGCACAACAAUGACACAGAAUGUGAUAAAUCUAGUUCACAGUUAAGCAGUAAUAACUCAAUUUCUUUGGCAACACCUAUAACUGUAUUGCCACUCUUAAUACCUGAUUUUUAAUUAUAAAUUGUUGGUUUGAUGUGGACUCACGCAUAUAUACAAAUUAUGUAAAGAUGGGAAAUGAUUACUUUUUUCAGACAUAGAAUGCUUUUAUACAAUGCAGAGGAUAGCUUACUUUUCAUAUCUACAAAUUAAAUCAUGGUGGUCGAAUGUAUCAACAAUUCUUAUUUGAUAAAAACAAAUAUGCAGAAAUUGACAUAUUUUGAAACAGUUUGUUUAAAUCUUAAACCAAUAAAAAUAACAUAUCUAUAUUAUAUGCCCAAUUGACCCAGAACUUGCAUAUUGCCAUGUGUUAAAAAGUGGGAACAGGAUAUAGGUUACCAGGUAACUGGAAAAAAUGUGGUUGGAAUCUAUUAAAGGAUCACUAUAGUGUCAGGAAAACAAACCUGUUUUCCUGACACUAUAGUGCCCUAAGGGUGCCCCCCCCCUUACCUUAAUCCAGUGCUGGGCUCCCUCUGCGCUGGUGACCUCUCCUCCCUAGUGGAGCGGAAUGCGCAUGCGCAGCAUGUGCUGCGCGCGCAAUUAAACAGUCCAUAGGAAAGCAUUUCUCAAUGCUUUCCUAUGGACAUUCUGCACGUUGGAUGCAAAUUUUGCAUCCAGCAUCGCAUAUGCGCCUCUAGUGGCGGUCAGGAAGACAGCCACUACAGGUUGGAUUAACCCUGGUAUGUAAACAUAAGUUUCUCUGAAACUGUUUACAUGUGAAGGGUUAAAACCUGAGGGCCCUGGCACCCACACCACUUCAUUGAGCUGAAGUGGUCUGGGUGACUAUAGUGUCCCUUUAAUAUGUACAGGGGAAAGACCUUUAUGUGCAUCAUAUGGAAUUGAGUCGUAAAAAUUUGCACUCUAUUUAUUUGUAAAUUUGUAUAUAAAUAUGACUGUAAUUUAAAAUGUAUGAAUUGGGUAAAGGGAAGAUGUGAAUGCAAAUUAGAUUUAUAGUGAUUAAUGAAAAUCUAGAGCUUUAAAGUUAUGUUCUAACUAAAAUACACAGAACCAUAAGUACCGAAUAAUAACCAUUCCUCCCAUUCCCUUUCCCCCCUUUUAAAAUAUUUUUUUCUCUUUAAUCUGUUAAUUUGUAUAAAAUAUGUGAUGUAUCUAUAUAUUUAGAUACAUAACGGGUUGUUUGUAAAACAAUGUAAAUAUAAGCAAAAAUUUAUCUAAAAGUCAGAUGUAAAGAAUAAACUUGAGAUGUGAACUAUUGUCCUUAAUCUUUAAAAAAAAAAAAAAAGAGUAAUACAAAGUAGAUUUAAAAAAUUAGAACAAAACAGGGAUAUCGAUACGGUAGCUCUCACACUGUGAAUCAAGGUAUUUGUCCAACUGGCGAUCUUCCUUUUUGGUUGUCACUUCUCUGAAAUUAAAGGACCACUCUAGGCACCCAGAAAACUUCAGCUUAAUGAAGUGGUCUGGGUGCCUGGUCCCUCUAGGAUUAACCCUUUUUUUUUUUUUUUUUUAUAAACAUAGCAGUUUCAGGGAAACUGCUAUGUUUGUUAGGGUUAAUCCAGCCUCCACUGAGCAGGAUGAGAACUGGGCCUUAAUACCCCUCCUGUAGAUCUGAUAGGCUGUAACCAGCCUUUGACCCCAAUGCAGUUAUGAGGUUCCCAUUUGCAUAAUUGCUGCUCAGCAUUAACCCUUCUGUGGAUUUGGUUGCUGCUCGGCACAACUUUUCAUGUGUGGACAGUAAAUGCCAUUAACCACAUUUUUAUAAGCGGAUGAAUACGUUAGAGAGUAGUGCAGUGGGGAAAAAAUAGCUCUUCAGUACUUGCAUGUCCAGGAUGAUGGCGUUGUUCCUUCCUGCUCAUUCAGGUGUCUGCAGAGAAAUGCUGACUGAGCACAUUCACACAGGCAUUCAUUCCAAAUUGCCAUACAUGUGCAUUCAGCACCACAUGUAAUCACUACACAUUAACUUUGUAACACAUGGUAUAUAUAACAGCUGUCACAAAUGCAUAAAUGGUAAUUCCACCAAAAAAUAUUUAUACUCGGUAAGCAAACUAAAGUUGGAUGCAUUGAGGGCCCAUUGUAAAUAAGAAUCUCUGAAAACAGAGCUCAUUUGGAUGGUUGUCCAUCAGAUCUUCCCAUGGGCUAUAUAGUCCAUGGAUGACAUAUCCGAUUAUACUGUAUGUCUUUCACAUGAUAUGUUGUGAUGGUAUUCCUGUAGCUUGCCUAAGAUUCUUUUCACAGGUGGCGCACUUUGACUGCGUGCUAUUUUUACUUCUGCGUUCAUUAUACAUGAUCUCACUAGUAAUGUUAAAUUUUUUAUGUAACCAGUGAAGGACUGCUAAACCCAAUGUUAUGAGGAAUGGUGAUGUUUAACCAUGUGUAUUAUUGAUUUAUUUCCUUAGUGGUACCAGCUAUCUUGUGUUUUCUUUCAGAGAAAGAAUGCAGCAGUUUCUCAUUCGUUUGGUACCAUUGUAACUGUGCAAGGAGUUUUACACUUCUUGAGCAUUGACAAGGUGAAGCGUAUUUUCAUGCGCAGUGUGUGGCCAGAAAUGCUGUCUCCUACUUGCCAAUCAGACAGUUUGAUUUACAUGCAUCUCUGUACCUCUUGACAAAUGCUGCAGAAUUCUAACAAACCUCUCAAAGUGAAACCUGCUCAAAACCUCUAAAAGCAGAGCAGAUAUAAUCCAGCAUUUUCAUGGCAGGAUUUCACGGUUUGACAGAAGGCAGCUCCGAGCUCGGUCAAGACAAGUAUCCGGCCUGCUGUUACCAGGAACAAACCGUGAAAUCUGACUAGAGCUUGGCUUAGUUUUCUAUAAUUCUUGUUAAAGAAAUCACAUACCCCUGUGUAUUUUCUCAAUACCUUUAUAGGAUAAUGUAAUCUAGUUUAAACUACUAAAUAUAUGGCAUUUGAACAGUGUACACAUAACAGGCCUAUAGCACAGCUUUUUAUUUGAGUAUUAAUAAAGUCAUUAAGGGAAGUUCAUGCAAAUCAUAUGAGAAUGGCACUUUUUUAUUUUUUUAUUUAAUACAGAGUGGCAAAACGCAAACAAGCUAACUACUCGCUCUAGAUGGCUGGAUAAAUAUUUUUACAUCUCUUGCUAGUAUAUAUAAGGCAAAGCAAUCUUAUAUUUUGUUUUUCUUUUGUAUUCCAAGUGGCUUUAAUUUAUUGAAGUGAGUAGAAUUAAAAUGCAUUUAUUAUUUUCAUAAUUGGAAUAUUUCUGCACAAAUAAGGGGAAAUGUUCAAAUUAUUUAUGUAGCGUGCAAAGACUUGUAAUUCUGAACUAAAACAUUCAUCAACAGCUCGAGAAGAGAUCCAUAUUGUCUAACAGACGGUGAUUUGUGGGAGUUUUAGUUCAUCUACUGGAGAUAUAGAUGCAUUUUGCCUUCAGGUUUUCCAUUGUCCAUGAUUCAACGUGUUUGUUUUUGCUAUCUCCCGAGGCUUCAGUAUUUUCCCCCUCUGGCUUUUGAAUGGUGUAAUACAAAGCACUGAAGGGAAAUGUAUCUGCUGUUCUUAUAAUAUUUUUGGAUGAGGAUUUUUUUAAUGGAUUCUGCAACAUAAGAGUUAUCCAUUAAUAAAGUUGCAGAAUUUUUUGUUUUUGGAAAAGAGAAAUGCUACUUAUGUUCAUGCUCUGUACUGCCUAGGUAUCAAAAUUGCUGGACUUUGAGAAAGUGAGUCUUGCCCGUAAUUUACUUGUGGCUUUCUCCUCUGUCCGAGCAGUGUACAGACAUUUCCAGCCAUUUUAAGCCAGACUGAGAAUUUAGGACUUGAUGAGACAAUGUCAUUCUCACUAAAUACUGUGCCUUGAUGGAUAAUUUAAUUAAGUGAAUUUUAUUUUAGUUGAAGGCCCUAUUUGCCCCUCUGCUACAAAUUAAACAUCAGUUUAGCAAAAUAGAUGUGGCAAAUUAAAUAAAAAGUUUAGUGCCACAAAUGAAUCAUUAUACAUGUCAACCUUAAAUAAGCUGUAAUUAGUGCAGCUAGUUCUGUAAGUAAGGCUGUUUAUAUAAUGACAGUUUAAUAAAGCUGGAACUGUUUAAAUGAAAUCCCAGAAGUUUAAUUUGAUGGCAAGUCAAGUUAAAAAAAUAAAUAAAUAAAAAAAAUCAAGUCAGUAGCUAUAGCCUGGUGAACUGACAAGUGUAGCACCUUGUUAAUGCACAGAUUACUGAUUGCACGGUUUUCCUCCUGGCUGUGGGUAUCUUACUAAUUAUUGCUGAUUAAAUCCCAGCCAUCUUCUUUUUCACAAAUGUUGACCAGCCUGCGUUGUUUGGCUUCCCAUGAUUCACUGUUCUAUCACAGUUAAGGGUCCAAUCAUUUUGCAAUGCUAUGCUUUUUUUUUUGCUUCUAUGCUCCAAAUGUGGGCCAUUGAGAAAAAUAUUUAUAUAUUUAUAAAGAUCAUGAGGUUAAAUGCUAUAUUGUCGGAAAAUGUCAGAUAUACAGCACCUUUUUUUUUUUUUUUUUUAAGUAACAGGAAAAAUAAUGAUGCAAAAUAUAUACCAUGCGUGUAGGGGUGGUUUGGAAGGAGGUUAUGUUAAAGCAAUUGCAUUUCCUAGGCACUGACAUUGCUUGAGCAUAUGUUGGAAACAUAAAAUAGAAUAGAGUAACAACUAGACAUCUCACCCUGUGCACACUGGUUUUUGGCUAACAUUGCUGACGAUGGCACAGUGUUACAGAGGUGUGCGCCUAUAAUUUGUGUGACCCAGUAGGGCUGAGGGAUUAAUUUCGGUUCUUGUGGGGUGAUGGUCAGUUUGGAAUCUGGAUGUACUCAGUAUGGGUUCGGGUGAAGUAGUGCCCCUCACCAUGGGGGGUGAAGGAGACUAGGUAGUGUUGAGGCUAUAAGUUAACUUGCUCUAGAAUUUUUUGAUCUCCUGCUCUGCAAAUUGGACUUUAAUCAUACAUAUAUAUUUUAUAUACACUUUUCUUUCGUUUUGACUUUUAAUAGGAAUGAGUAAUUUCCUUCAGAUUUCACAUUCCUCAGUUUUUCCCCUAAACUUACACGUCAAUUUUUGUGACAAUAGUUUGCCACAAAUAAAAAAAAUCUUGCCCUCACUCUACCUCCUCCCCACCUCCAUUCCAGAUUUCAGUUGUUAAAUAAAGGGCAUUGUCCUGUCUUUGUCUACAUUACACAGCCAUUUCCUGCACUCUCCGCUCCCUCUGAAAUAGAUGGCAAUGUGAAGGAGGCACGGACUCCCUCUUGCCAUCAAAAAUCUAUUGCAUUAAUCAGCCAGCCGGUGUGAAAUGCAUUGGGAGUGAUUAUACUAUCAUGCACAAUACAAUCAGCAUGAAGCACUUGUCAAGUCCAAUACAUCAAAGUUUAAUUCAGUAAUAGAAUGAAUUAGAGCAAAAUGGAACAUUCUGUUCUUCCAAGAAACAUGGCCUUUAGAACAGGUUCUUUCUGCAAGCUGGAUAAAGCCUCUUAGUGCUUUAAAAACAAUUGAACGAAUGAAUCCAGUACUCCAAUCUCAAAAUAAAGCAAGGUCUUCUGAAAGAAAGCUUGUGAAUAUUAAAAUUAAGAAUGUGCUUUCGCAUGAACUUUAAAAGUGUUUCUUCAAAUUGCAGGAUUUUUUAAAUGCAUCUAUACUGAACUGUAAAUCAAACGUGCCCUGUUUAUACUUUUACAUAAUGAUUCUAUACUUUGUUUGGGUUAACAAUGCAGACACACACACACAGUACGUAUCUACAGCUAUUCUCCCUGUAGUUCUGUUUGAUUAUCAAAUGGCUUUUUUGCAGAGGUCAGGUUAAGAGUGCAUCUUUCAUUGCUUUGAAAACCUUUGGUUAAUACAUACAGGACCCCUUUUCUGUACAUCCAUAGAUGGAAAGCAGUCUUGUUUAAAGCUUUGUGACUGACUGCUUUGUUCAGAUAUUAAAGAAAUGAGUAUAUUGCAAUGUGUCUUGUUUAUGCUAAAUACAUAAUUUGCUCAUUGGGAGUAGAAUAUCUGACUUCCCAAAGAGUCAUAUGUGUGGGUGUAUCUGGCUGUUGAGGGCAUUCUCAAGAGGUUAUUUGUUCAUUUAAAACAAAGUGUACCCAAAAGGUAGAUCCCCAGAUGUUGUAGAACUACAACUCCCAUAAUGUGUUGCAUGCCUUUAGACCAGUGGUUCCCAACCCAGUCCUCAAGUACCCCCUAACAGUCCAGGAUUUAGGGAUUACCCAAUUGUGUCUAAGGUGUUAUUAGGGGGAAAGAAAAGCACUUUAGACACAACAGGGUAAUCCCUAAAUUCUGGACUGUUAGGGAGUACUUGAGAACUAGGUUGGGAACCCCUGCUUUAGAAUGACUAAGCAUCUUGAAAGCUGUGGUUUUAAAACGUAAGGAGAUCUGCCUUUUGGGCACCACCAUUUAAAUCAUGUGCCCCUGGAGCCUAACUGCAUCACACUGGAUCUUCAUUUAAGGAGCAGUCUGUCCUUCUAAGUGUCAAAGGUGCAUGAAUUGCACCUGUCACACAAUGAUUUUACUAGCUUUCUACAGAGAGUUAGUUGUUUUGGCAACUUGUUUUCAGGUCAAAAUAGAUGAACUGGAAAAAUAGCUACGUCCACAACUUUGGCCUUCAAUUUAAAAUUCACUUUGAAUUCUCACUUUGGCUCCGAGUCCUCCGGCAUCCUUGGUGACUUGCUUCUGCAAAGCCGAUCCAGUCACCAUUCAUUGGCUGAGUGCAUCGGCCAGUAAAUGGCACAAACCGCAAAUAAAAUGUAAUCCCUAGGGAUUACCCUGUUGUCUACAUAUAAAGCAAGAAAAGCAUACAUUUUAAUUUUUCUCACUGUUCAAAUUUUACUGCUGUUACCUUAAAAUAGAGGCAAAAUAUUGUGUAUGUAAAACUGGUGUGUACAGUAUUACAUAACUACUAGAGUGCAACUGCGUGUGAUGCCUUACUUGUUAGUGGUAGUACACAAGCCCAACUUAAAGGAACACUAUAGGGUCAGAAACACCCUCUCUGAAAAUGCCUGCUGGGUAUGAUUAUACUCACCAGACCAACUACAUUAAGCUGUAGUUGUUCUGGUAACUAUAGCGUGCCUUUAAACUCUGGUUCGACUGACAAAUUGAAAAGGAAGGUGCCAUAUUUUAAUUUGGUUGUGCAAGCACAUUUUAUAGAUUAAAUGUAUGCCAUCUUUAUGAUGAGACAGACUGCCAAAUGAAGGUGCUGCUGCAGUGGUGCAGGGGUUUCAUUGUGCAUGUCAACCAGAGCCCUGUAUGAAGACACAUACACACACACUCACACUCUCUCUCACUCACACUCUUCCCGUGUUUGUAAUUGGAUGUGUUCCUCCAAAAUCUCUAGUUUUAUGGUUAAUCAUCACCACAAUGCCCAUUAUUGUGUAAGCAACAUGCAAGCAAGGCACUGACAAGUCAUGUACCCUGGUUUCAAUGACCAUUGACUCAUCCCUGUAUCUUAUGUGACUUCAGUAUCCAAUGGCAUAUUCUACUCCUUGCGUAAUUGUAGAUGACCAGUCAGUAGUAUAUUAUCUUAACCCAGAACUCUUAGUUUGCCUGCCCCGUCAUAUUGGUCUUUUAAUUCUGGCAUGAACAUCAGUGUUGUAUACAAGAAGCUCACGACGUAGGACAGGAUAUCUAUCCAUUUAUUGCAAAUAUGUAUAAUAAAGUAUUCAACCUGGAAUGGUAAGCUUGUUUUUCCCAGGAUAAUGCCACUCCUGUUUUUAAUCUAGCAAGGGUGAAAGGCUUCACUGGGAAUGGCAUCUGAGAUACAUCUUCAGCCCUAUCCACAGCGCUAUAUAAUGUGUUUGCUGUAUAAAUCCUAGUUAAAGAAACGCUCCAUGCACUAUCGCCACUACAGUGUUUUCAGCCAAUGAGUAACAGGUGAAUUGACAUCCAGCUUCUGUAGCUCUGCAGAAGCUGAAUACACAUCACCAGGCUCAUUGGAGGCUCGGCGACCAGCAGGGUCCCAGUUAAAGGUAAUGGCCCAGUCAGCUGUAUUGGUUAUGAUGCCUGGAGUAAACCUUUAUGGGUGGUCUCAUAAAAUAAUUGGUUUAAAACAGAUAAUUGGAGCAUAUUCUACAUUUGGUACUCCUGUUGUUUCUGGUAUUGCACAUGAUGAGGCAUUUCACACUACAAAUGCUAUGAACUCCAUUUUUCAUAAUGCUUUGCAAGAUGAACUGGCAACAAAAAUGGGGCACACGGCCACUUACUGCUGAAGUGCUAAAGUUCAGUAUUCAUAUGAACUGACCAGUCAGAUUCUCUACCACAUAGCUUUAUACCAGUCUCACUUUCCAUUUAGGGAUUUUUGAAACAGUAUUUCAAAAUGUAGAGCAAAACAGCCGACUCUAAUCGCAGCCUUUUUGUAGCUUGUUUUGCUGGAUUUUGUAUUUUUCUGUUGCUAUCAUUUGUUGUUUAGUGAAUAAACCAUAUUACCCUUUACUAAUUCAUUUCCACACAGAUCUCAUUUUAUAUUUAUUCAUUUGGGGAUAUACCGUUCGAUUAACCUUUCCUCUGAGUGCACUGCAGUGUUUUAGACUGUAAGCUCCUUUGAGCAGAGCCCUCACCUCAGACUUGUUUUAUUACUGUUAAAGGGUUGUUUUUUUUUUUUUGUUUUUUUUUAAACUGUUGCACAUCACUGUUGAAUAUGUUGGUGCUUUACUAAUAAAACUAAAUCCAAACAUACCAGUUAUCUCCGGUGAUAAGCUAGCUUACAGUACAGCUGAAGGAGUCUGUGUUGGAAUGUAGCUGCCACCACAUUCUCUUAUCUGAAAAACAUUUUUUUUGUUUGUUUGAAUGCUUUGUGAGUGGAACAAAUAAGUCUUCACAAGCUUCCCACUCUGCUGGAUGCUUUGAAAGCCUUUAAAAGCCAACCCUUGAAAUCUGUCGUGUAACAAAGAGGCUUAUGUAGAAAUGGCAUCACAUUUACAGUGCUGGCUUAAAAACUGGGACAGGAAACAUGUAUUGGCUGGAACACUUGCAAAUACAAUUAGGCUGAUUGUGGAUGCCAGGAAUGGGAUCUGAAAAGCCCAUACUAUAGUGAACUAGGAAGCCCAGUGUUUGGGACUUUUGGAAAUCCUUUGGGGUGGAGCAGAUUUCAGUUUUCUUUUUCCCUAUUUUGAAUUGCUUUCAGUUUUUAUUUUUUCUGUAUCUAUGGAACAACUGUGUUGCACUAGAAGUAUAUUAGUCUCGAUUUAAUUUAAUAUUGUGUUUCAGAUUUUACCCUUGUUUUAUUUGAUUAGAUAUUUUAUAUACUAUUCAGUUUAUCUUAAAGGAACACUCCACUCCACUGCUAUGGCGCCCCUGCCCCCAUUGUAAGUAGUCUCAGCAGCCAAGAGAGCCUGAAGAUCCGGCGUAAGAGCUUUUGUUGAUACCUCUGAGCUAAGCAUUGACUGAAAGCAUCAUAAGAUUGACAUCUACUUCUCCUGGAGCCUUGCAAAAAAAACCUGUGCCAAGUUCUGACUGUACUGUUUACAGUUUGCUAUUUCCUCGCCUUCUAGUGAAAUUCGGACAACCAAUAAGAUGGGUUCUGGAUUUGACAAGAUUCAGUUAUUUUAAUGUCUGCUGUCCCUAUAUUAAGUAAGCUGCCCUGCCCCAUACUUAUCCCGGAUAAUCAUUGGAUUGGCAGAUCACAACUGAUUCUUUUUGUUCUCUGUCCAGCCUAUUUCUCAUAGAGAAGAACUAAGGUCAUCCGUUUUGAUGACUUCACUGGACAAGGAUUGGCUGCAGUGAGGACUUGGUCCCGGCAAUAGGAUGAAAGUUAGUGCAGUUUUAUGAAUUUCUUUACUUUAUAAGGGGAACCCAGUAUCGUUGAUGGACACAUCUAACUAGUUUAUUUUUUUGUUUGUUUAAUGUUCCUAUACAUUAUUUUUUCAGUAGACACAUGAAAUGUUAAAGUUUUUUCAUGUUUUGAUUUCUUCAGAAUAAUACAGGGUAAAAACAUAGACCAUCAAUACAAUUAUUUGAGAACGGAUAAGGGUUAUGCUGGUCAUGGUUUUUUCCCUACACAAAAGAUUUACAGAAAUUGCCUGAAUAAGUUUGAGACUCAAAAUCUGAACAAAUAGUCACUUUUAUCCAAGAGAAAAAUAUAAAAUAUCUGACAUCUAGUCCAGCAGUAGUUCUCCAUCUUCAACUAAGGCUUUAAAAACAUUUUAAUUUGAUUGGGAAACCAAACCAGGCAUGAAUAGAAAUGGUGUGCCUGAAUCUUUCUGUUGCUGUGAGGUAUAACCACCCACAAAUAAUUUAUACAGUUCAAUUGGCAGUAGAUUUUUACAUGUAAGUAUUUAAUAUUUGAUUUAAUUAUACAUUUUAGCCUACUUCUGGCACAAUGGUUAAAUAAAAUUUAGGAUCCCUGCAAAACCGAACAGUCUUGCAUGGCAUGGCAUGUCAGUGUCCUUUUAAAGUUAGAAGGAAAAUAUGUUUAAAUAUCGGACGAGCAGAUGCUGAGGUUGGAUGUACAGUCGGAAUAUGUUCAAUAAAACACGCAUCUUCAAACAUUAGUAGCUGCUAAACAAAUAUGUACAUUUUAAAAUCUUAUAUCUAUUUGUUGUACAUCAAUGUUUAGAACUCCAGUGUAAUUUUUUUUGUAUGGUAACACUAUCAGACGCUGAAACAAUACUUGAUUUAUAGAGCUCUUUUCCUUACCAUAAUUAUUUGGAGGGGUUAGUGGGGGUAAAGGUUUUUCUACAGAUUAUGUAGAAGUGAAAAGAUGGUGAAAUGAGAGCAGCGGGGGGAGAUUUUGGAGAGAUCAGGUGCAGUACAUGGUUUGCAUUAUUAUUGAUGGGAAGGCACUAGGGCUUUCUGCAGAACUGCGUAUUUGCAGCAAAUACCAUUUCAGAGCAUCUGAUACAGAUGGUGGUGAGGGAUUUGACUGUGACUAGGUAGUUACGUUUUACAAACAAAAGGGCACACCCAAAUGACAGUAUAUAUAUAUAUAUAUAUAUAUAUAUAUAUAUAUAUAUAUAUAUAUAUAAUGGCAUAUUCCCUAGAAAUGUGUCCUUUAACUGUGACAGGACUUUUUUCCUAUUAAGUUUUAAUUAAGUUAUAAAUAAAUGAUAUUGUACCUUCAUAACAUAUUAACUUCCCCAGAAGGAGAUUUUAGAUACUUUAACUGAAGCCAUGUGAGCAUCAUGUACGGGCAGUCACUGAUGAUUAGUUUAAGAAUUUGAAUUCUUCUUGACGAAUGCAACAUGCGCUUUAUAUAAAUAUUGUCUGGAACAUCAAAUAAAUAUUAAAUACAAAAUCCAUAAAUGAAGCACUCUGCUACAAAGUACAUUUUAUCCCUUUUUGCAGAGUAAAAAUAACCAUGCAGUUACCUUUAAUUUAUAGAAUGUUUGUACUGAAUUGAUGCCGUAAGUGAGGUAGUUAGUGCUGUGACUGCCUCUCUCUGGGACAGUCUUCCCACAUUGUUUAUUACUUUAGCAUACCUCUUUACUAGCUCUGAAUGUUUAAUGUGCUGAGGAUAUCACAGAGAUUCACAACAGUAAAAUCUAGUUAAGCUAUUUUGUGUAUUAGUACAUUCUAAAAUAUAUUGUUUUGCUAGAACUGCAAUUUAAACCAUGUAAACAUCAGCCUCCAAUACAACCGCUAUGAAUAAAAUCAUACUUUCACAGUUCUCCACUAAUGACAUGCUGAGCAGACAAACACAGACCGGUUUCACGUUUUUACAUUUGCUAAUAAUUUAUGCAGUUUCCCUUAGCAUUGUCGCACAGUUUUAAGACCCCUUUUUACGCGAAUGCAUAAGUUUUGAUCCAAAUGGACCAAUUACUUGCCAUGUGUUGUGAUGUUUCAUUCACUAGGGACUCAUCAGCAUGGUCCAGUUCUCUUCCAGUGGUAGAAAUCUGUAUGGCAGCAAAAAUAUAGAUAUUAAAGUAUCAAAAAGUCAUAAAAAACUCACUUCAGUUCUGAAAUGUUGUGGACAUAACUCCCUUACAGCUUAAAAGUAAAAAUCUUAGAAUAUACCUACUUCAUACGCAGCACCACUAAAAGACUAGAUAGGCUAAAUGGUACAGACAACUAAAACUGUCCGAUUUUCAAGCUACACUUAUCAAGGCUUAAAGUUCAAAGUUCUAUGCUACUAGCCAGGCCUGAAAAGUUACUUGCCUUAGUGCACUAGUCAGGGCUACAUUUUCACUCACCAAAGGCUAGUUGCGAAUGGAAGUUUUGAGCCCUGCUAAUAAAUAUCAUAAACCUCUGUUUAAAACAAUGUGUCUUUACCAUGUGAUGCAUGUGUGUUGGCUAUAAAAUGUAAAAAGUGACCGUUAUUUGCAUAUUCAUCAUGACCUUCUGGGUGAAUCGUGGAAAAUGUUUAUUUAAGAGUAAUUAGAAGUGAUUUAAAUUAGUUGGAAGUUUUUCUUAUUUUUUUUUUCGAACUAAUGCUAUUUCUUUAAUGCUUAAAUUUGUGUAAGAGAGGCACAGCUCAACACUGCAUAUUCUAUUCUAUUGCACAGUGUUAAACUUCAAUCCACCAAUCCCUCCUCCCCACUGACCUACUGUUUUUCCACUUGUUUCUUUACCCCUCAUAGAUUGUAAGCUUGUUGGAGCAGUACAUUCUUCACCUCUUGUCUCUGUAUGUCAAUUAUUUGUCCUAUAUCCCCAUUGUAUAAUUGUAAUUCGAUGCUAAUAAUAAAUACUGUGUUUUAAUACCUCAUAACAUUAAAAUGGAAGAUUGGCUUUCCCCUUAAAUGCCAGAUUUGAAAAGAAUGGGCUAUGUUUAGGAAGUGUGCCAUCCAUUCCCUAUUCAUUACUUCAGCUCUGCAGAAGGUGACAGCCAUUUAACAGACUCAGACUAUUUCCCAAGUUGUAACAUCUUUAUCUAAUAAUUCCUUUAUGGAAAUACAAUUUAUUGUACAGUAUACAUUUCUAUAUAUGGUUGUGUGGUCAAUAUUAGUUGAUUAACCUUUUAACUGAUGUAUCACGGUUUAACCAUGUCUGUAAGGUAGGUUUAUUUUUUGUUUGUGCUGUAUCAUGAUUUCUAGGUGCACCAAUUUUUUUUUUUUUUUCUUCUCUUCCCCUCCCCCCUCUUUCCUUGGCCCUUUACCUUGUCAGUAAGCUGACCCAGACUCAUCAGUGUGAGGCCAUGCAUGACUUCUGGGAGUAAUUGCAUAAUGUCCGCACAGCAUAGCAUGAAAUAGCUUAGAAUCAUUGCAGCUCAAAUCAUCAGCCAGGGUACCUUACUUCUGCUUGUAUUCUCAUCUUACUUCUGCUUGGUAAUUAGCUGCAUGUACAUUAUUUUUGUUUGUCUAAACUAAAUGCCAAUAUCUUCAUAUGGAUACUCAUUUAGAAGCCGUUCUAUUGUUUUUGCUCACUUGUUCUAGAAUGGAUGUGGGGCAGGGGAGACUUGUUUUCUUAUGCCCUUGCUUAGAAAGCCUAUUCUGCAGUUUCUUGCAGAUUCUCCUGUUCCAGCAGAUUGUCCAACUGAUUGAGCAAAUUUCCUCAAGUGUGCAAAACGCAUCCUUAAUGAGGAAAUGAAGUGUUGCUAAAUAGCACUUUCAGACAUCUUCACGCUCCUGUCAGAGUUCACAUUGGUGAAGAGACAGCUGAUUAAAAAAUCUCUGCAUGUGAAAAUGAGGUUGUAUCAGACCCUGAUGCAUUCAGACUCACCCGAUAUACAGUGUCAGGGAUGUAGAUUGUGAACUGAUGGUACGUGUGAAAUGUCAGCGCAAAUUAGAUUUCGUUUAGAGUUCUUCAAAGAAAAGAAAAACACGAAUGUUUAACAAAUUUCUCUGUUAACCUAAUUACAGAAAUAAUAGCAAUAGAAAGGAGUCGUGUCCCAUUAAAGACAUUUUGAAGUCUUGAUGAAUGGUAUCAGACUAGCAUAUGUGGUUUAGAAUUUAGUCUUCAAAUAAUGUGUGCUUUUAUGUUAAGGUAUCUCUGUAAUUAUGAGUCUGACAAAGCAUCUUGCAAUUUAAUAAUAUGGCUUUGCUUUCAGAGCAUGGUUUUGUUCUGUGAACCUGAUGUGUUCCUAUGCUUUCCAAAUACAGGUUUUGGGUUGAUCAGCCAGGAAAACUGCUUGCACAGAGUUCAACAUUUUAUGGUUCUCAUAAAUUUUAAGCAAACCUUUGGGUCAUAUUAUGUGUGCAUGUGUAUAUUUAACGGUGAACGGAGUGUUCAUGAAAGCGAAUUUCUUUUUAAACCACCAUACCAGUUGUUGAGUUUAUGGAUUUAUUCAGAACCCUGGGAAUGCCUUUUUUCUUCUUAAUAUACGCUUCAGUGUUUUGUUUCUUGGGAACAUGUUGGCUUGCAUACUUGUGUAAUGUGAUAUACAAUAUUUUCUGAAUAGAUUACCGCCACAGAAUUGGAUCUAAAAUAGUUUAAAUGAAACCAUGUGAGUUCUACGUAUGGCAGUCACUGAAGAUCAAUGCUUUAAGAAUCUGAAUACUUUCUGCAUACAGCAUACGUUUUAUAUAAGAACUCUCCAAAACAUCAAAGAGCGAGUCAUAAAAACUAAAUCUUUCAGUGGAGUGCUUGGUUUAUGAUACAGUGGAGUGGAAAUUAAAGUAUGUAGGGAUAAGAUCCAUCUCUGUUCUGUGGGGACACCAUUAAACAUACCCUUUUCCUCUAACAUACAAUCAAUAGAUCAUGGUCCUCCUUGCCUCUCCAUUGUGUUCCCCUUUUAUCAAGGAUGCAGACAACAAGGAUAUUCUGUAUAUUUACUAUAGUCAUGACUAGUAGAUUUUGCAUAUACUAUCAAAUAAUUGUUUUACGUCUUUACAGUAUAUGCAUGGCAUUUGCUUGUUGUAUCUCCAUUUUGCAAUGUAAGAUCUUAAUAUAUAAUGUAUAUUUUUAGUUUAUUAUAUCCAUUAAUCCAAAAGAGUAAACCAUGGAGUUUAUAUGUACAAAAGGAUUGCACACCAGUGUACCAUUUCUUUCCUAAUGUAAAAAUCUGUGCCACGUAUUGUAUCUGUGAUCCUGCUUUAAACAUGUGAGAGCCACAUUGCACUGACACUCGUGGGGGUUAAUUGUUGAAGUGCAAGCCUUUAUUGAAGGGUUGCUAUAAAAUCUGCAUAGAUCGAGCUUCCAAGGGUCUGUGUAUUUAUCAAGUACAAUGUGUAAAAGUGCUCUCUGGGUUUGCAUUCUCUGUAUUUUAACUUUAGAGUGUGCUCGAGCAAAUUGUCUGUUCUAGAUCGUGCUGAAAAUAUGAAAUGUGUCCAUAUGGAGCUUGUUUUUCUGCUAUUUAAUUCCGUUUCCUCUUCCUUCUCCUUUUAGGUGCCCUGUGGAUGUGCAUAGUUUUAAAUCCCCAUUGCAAGGCAGAACAGAAGGCCAGUUGGCUGAAACAGCUGAAAAAAUGGAACAGUGUUGAUGUUUGUCCCUGGGAAGAUGGGAACCAUGGAAAUGAGCUGCCUAAUUUAACCAAUGCUCUGCCUCAGGCUGGAAAUGGCAACCAGGGUAAGUGAAGACAGAGGCCCACAGUCUAGCUUGUAGAAAAAAUACCCAGAAUGAGCCCUCUAACAUCAUUUAAAGUAUAAUUGGGAUUCCUUAAUUAUUUUAAAUGCCUUCAUUCUGAUGCACAAUGUGACUUAUCUCCUUUGUAUAUUGUUAAACACAAUUAUUGCUUAUGGUUGUUUUGUAGGUAGUACAACAGUUUUUUAGAGUGACUUUUCUUGUGUAAAAGAUUCCAUUUCCUGCCACCAGAUUCCUCGCACAGGCCUCAUCGAACAGUGUUUACACGAGCCAUCGAGGCCUGUGAUCUCCACUGGCAAGAUAGCCACUUGCAGCACAUCAUUAGCAGUGACCUUUAUACCAACUACUGUUACCAUGACGACACUGAAAAUUCGCUCUUUGACUCCCGUGGGUGGCCUCUGUGGCAUGGUAAGUUUUCAUGUUGACCAUAAAUAUGUUUCAAUGGCUUGCUCCUUUGUUCAAUAUUCUGUUUAAAUACAUUUUGGUGGAGCAAUAGGUGGAUGGAGAUAUGUGUCUUAAUAUGCUUUUUUUUUUUUUUUUUAAUGUGGGAAGAAUCUGAUUAACAAACUGUUUUUUCUGUAGAGCACGUCCCAACGGCUUGUGCAAGAGUGGAUGCUCUAAGGUCACAUGGAUACCCACGAGAGGCCCUUCGACUUGCAAUAGCCAUAGUCAACACACUAAGAAGGCAGCAUCAAAAAAGAAUGGACAUUUUUCGUAUUCAAAAGAAAGGUAUAUACUGUGAGAGUCUCUGUAGAUUAUGGGAGUGCAUUGAUGAGGUUGCCCUCCCUUGUCUAUCGUAAAUUAAGUUUACAACCACCUGGUCUGUCCCUUUGGUAGCUUGAACUCCCCUAAUAUGAUCCACUGGACAUUUGCCCUCCCGCCCCCAGACUGCCCUGAUAAACACUAAACCUGAGCUGUUAACCUCUUAAGGACACAGCUUCAAAAGCUGUUUGUGUUUAAACGCAAUUUCCAUCUGUGAUUUAUUGCACCAACACAUAUUAUAUCCGGUUUUUUUUUUUUUAUAUAUAUGUCCAGCUUAGAAAAAUUAAUUCAAAAUAAAUUAAUUUAUGUGUCUUGAUUUAGAGUACAUAAUAUGCAUAGGAUUUCAGCUUAUUUUGAAAGUUACAGGUCACAAAAUACAAGGACUAAAAUUAAAAUUUUAUGUUAGACAAUUUUAUAAGUUGGUAGGUUUAGUAGCCAUCACAGAAAACAAAAUUACCACACAAAACUAUAUAUUUAUAUAAAGUAGACAUCACAGGCUAUUUACCUAUGGUUAGUUUGACACUUUUUACGUAGCCACUUCAUCUCCAAUCUCUGCUAAAUAUUGGCGUAAAAUUGUGUUUUUUCUUUUUUUCAUAUACACAUAUAACAAGGUUUUUGUAAUGUGUAUUUCGUAAAGCUAGUGAGUGCUAUUCAUGCACAGAACCCCAUAUUGUGUUCAGCUACAUCUGCUGAGUAUAACGAUACCCUCAUUGUAUGCCUUUGGCACUAUUCUAUGAAACUACAAUGUCCUAUAAGAACGCUAUUUCAGUUUCUAUACUUAGAAUUUUCGUAGAUGGAUUUGACGGGCCUAUGUCUCAUUUUAGGGUAUUAUAGCAGUGUGACUGUUCAAAUAACCUCACAAAGGACUUUCAUUUGAUAAAGCAGACACCCCAGGGUAUCUUAUAUGGUGUAUAUUGUGCCUUAACUUUUCACCAUUUUUUAACCAAUUUAUGUCCGUUUGUGGUGAAGGGGAAAAAAUUGCAUUUUUACAUAUAUGUUGGAGUAUUUCUUACACUUGAUAUGUACCACUGUCAUAAAAAAAAACAAAUUAUGCUCCGUUACAUCUUCUGAGUAAAACAAUAUGCCCAAUGUAUGACCUAGACACUAUUUUGUUUGAGGGUUUUGAUGCGUCCGUGUCCCACUUUGGGGCACUUGAGCAGACUACAUAUUCCAACUACACCAUAAAGGCAUACCAUGUCUUAAAGAAGACAUCCCAGGGUAAUUCAAACGGUAUAUUUUGAGCGUUAGCAUGGGAUAAUUUUAUUUCUAGUUUUUUCCAGGUGUAGUGGGGAUGAGCAUUUUUUUAAUGUAUUUACUUUUUGAAACUUUUUUACUUAUUAAAUUAUUUAUAAUUUUUUAUAAACUUUUUUUUUAUUGUUAACUCCUAACUAGCAGUAAGCAGCACUAACAGUAAAUUUCCCAUAACUUUCACCCACCCCAGCUAGCAAAAUAUAUAAUUUUAAAAUAUUUAAAUUAAUUAAAUAAAUGGAACACAUGAGGGUUAAAAAAAAGAAUAAACGUUAACCGGCAGGGAAGGUGUUAAUUUCUAUUCGGACUGGGUGUAGGGAGUGGGAUUAAAAAAAAAAAAGUAAAUGUUAUUAAAACAUUAAAAAAAAAAAAAAUUUUUUAACGUUAACCCCCUAGCUAACCUAACACCAAAUUCCCCACUUACUAACACCCACCCACCCCAGCUAGCUAAAUAUAUAAUUUUAAAAUAUUAAAAUACAAUUUAACCCCUGAGGGGUUAAAUCAGAUGACCGUAAAAUGUAGUCCCUGCCAAUUGAUCACUGUAGUCAGUGAUCAUUUGGCAUGGAAGGGGUUCAUUUUAUUUAAGCGAGGGGGGCAGGGGGGUUGGGAUUUAACUGUAAGUUUAUUUUUAUUUUUUUGCAGGGAGAUCAUCACUGCUGAUCCAUCUCCCUGCACGUCACACAGAACGCGGAAGCACAGGGAGGCGAAUCAGAAGUCCCUGCAGCACGAGAUCGAUCACAGCUGCAGGGACAGCGUGGUCGGGUGCUCUUGGUCUGCCUCUAAUACCAAGGCAGACCGGAGGAGCGUUAACUCCGCGAUUGCAACGAUCUGGGGUUAACUUUAGUAAAUGACGGAAAUGUUCCGUCAAGGGUCCUUAACACAAGGACAAGCUUGAUGGAAAAUUUUCGUCUUUGGUCGGGAAAGGGGUUAAAUUAACCCCUGACCAAAGAGAAUGAUGGGAGCUGUAGUCCAAGGACUGAGGAGGCACAGUUUGCACAGGCCUAAGUGUUGUAAAGUUAACAAUAAGCAUUGUGUGCAUCACAGCAUUGAUACUUGGCCUCCGUGCCUGACUGUUGGGCAGAAUGCUAUUGUUCUCCAUCUGAAUCAAGGAGACUUGCUUUACUGUAGUUUAAUAUAUUUAUAUUCUGAAGUAUCAAAGGGUUACAUUUUUUUUUUAAAGUUUUAAAAUAAUAUUUUAUCAGCCAGUUUGAUGUUUAAUGCAUCUCUGCACUGCCACCCUAUAAAUAAUCCAGGACAUUCAUUAGGAAAUUCUUCACUUUACAUGGAAUUGACCGUCCUUUUACUCUGCACAAUUCUCUUCCAGCUGACAAUGAACAGUCCAUAAUGGACACAGCAUGUUUAAUAUCGAAUUUUUAUACAUUUUUUUAGUUUCUUUGCCUAACUAAUGGUAUGACAUUGCUUUGUAAAGUGUGUUAUUACAUUAAUAAAUAUUCAAAUGCACUAGAAGGCAAUGUUUAAUUUAUGCACAUCAAUAAUGUCUAAAAGCAUUUCCACUGGAAUUCAGCCAGUGACUUUGCUCUCUCUCCUGAAGAUACAUGCAUGUGUAGGAUGUACAGAGUAUGAUAACUAUGUAUAAACCUUAUAUAACAUAGGCAUUUGACAUUCAUAGGUUAUGUAUCUGAAUAAAUAGUUGGGUUUAUUACAAAAUCGGUAAACCAAUGAUUGUGAUUGACCCCUACUACCUUUUAAUACAGUUUUAAAAUGUCUUGUUACCAAUCAGGCCUUAGUCUGAAAUUGAAUGUUAAAUGAAAUAACAUGUUGGGAGUAUGAGCAGGAGCUAUUGUUUUUGCUCCACAGUUCUCAGUUGGAGAGAAGGUGUCUCCAUAGUACAGUGGAACCUCGGAACUCAAACAGUCCCUUACCCAAACAAACUUGGUAGUCAAACAAAAAAUUCGAGAAAAAAUGUCUCGGUGCAUGAUUCUCCGUACACUUACAAAUCACGCUGCAUUAACCUCCUGUAGAUAAACUAAUUGCUACCAUAACUACUCACAGGUGAGCACUUGCUUAUCUUUACAAUAUCCCAAAAAUCCACCACAGACACUCCUCACUUACCAACCGGGUUCUGUUCCUAUGACCUGGUCGUAGAACGAAUUGGUCGGUAAAUGAGGAGUUAAGGUUUACCCUGCUCUGGCGCGUUUGUCUAUACACGGGGAAACUUCCCUGAACAUAUACGAACACACCAGAUCAGGGGAACCCUCUAAUAUAUGUUCGGGGAAAUUUCCCAGAGCAUAGAUUAGAGGGAUUCCCUGCUCACGUGCGUUCGUCUAUGUUCUGGGAAGUUUCCCCGAACAUAGACAUGCGCACCAGAGCAGGGAAUCACCAGGAGGGCUCAUGCUUGGUAGUAAGUGCGAGCCAUCGUAAAACAGGUAGGUCGCUAAAUGAAGACUACCUAUAUACUCUUUAUAGGAGAAUAAUUGGUGUGAUUCAAUGGGAAUGUUUAUGUUGCCUUGUUUAAUGGUUUCUGUACAUUCUGUCUAUGCUUGAGGGAUUGGUCCAUUAAGCAUUAUUUAUUUUUCACAAGAAUAAAAAACAAACAAAAAAAACUCGGACUUGCUAUACGUGUAAGGUAUGUGAACUGUUCACAUGGCAUUUUGUGCUGAUCACCUGAAUGAUUAGAACUCCUCCAUUGCACUUAGGCUGGCUAAGGGUUGUGCGAGUUGGAAGGGGAUAAAAGCUGGGAGUUGACUUCUCUCUGUACUGAUUUUUACCACUCUUUCCUGUUUAUUGAAACAGAGCUUUUGCACAAAGGUUUGACCUCCAUAACAAAUUUGGAAGGCUGGGUGGGCCACCCUUUGGAUCCUAUUGGUACGCUGUUUAGUAGCCUUAUGGAAGCAUGCCGGGUGGAUGAAGAGGGAUUCCAUGGCUUUUCUGACUUUGCAGGUAACGCAUACUUUUUACAUGUGGGUGGAGGGGGAGGGAAUCACCUUAUGUCAAGGCUGUCAAAUUUUUCUUCUGACAGAAGUAAACUUGGUAAAACUGUUAAUGUUUUAGUGCCAUAUCCUCUAAUCAAAUAAUUCUGCCACAAAUGAGUCUCAUUGCUCAGCACACAGAGUACAGCAUGCCACGAUUUCAAUAAAUAACUUUGGAUACCCACUGUUAGUAAUGAAUGAUUGAUAGUGUUCCAGCAGCAGUGUUUAUUAAGUUCUAAGUAGGUAUUAUUGAGAUUUGUCAUGAGGCAUUGUGCAGGGCUUUUAUGUUGCAGUCUGCACAGUUUCCACCAGGAAAUUAAAUUCCUUUAUUUUGAUUUCUCUAUAGUGCUUAGACUAUCCCAAAUUACAAAAUGUAAAUCAUACAGCCAGCCUUUUUUAUUUUAUUUUUUUUUUAAUUCCAACUGAUAUGAAAAGCCAUUGUUGUGUUAUACUGCACUUUUGUUGUAUUUUUUCAAGACAAAUCAAUCUACCCAUGUUCCUUAAAAAAAAAAAAAAAACACUCUUAUUUUAACUCUAAAUGUGAAAAAUAUUAUUUAACGUAUGUGGUUAGAGUGCAUUUCCUAGAAGAUCACUAAGAGUUCAAUGAUUCUCAAUGCCAGAUUCUCAACCUUCUAAUAUGCUGCUUUCUUUCAUUCCCCCCCCUUUUUUAAUGUUUUAAUUCUUCAAUGCUUCCCACAGCUGAUAUUUCCAAAGCUAACUAACCCAUAGAACAAAACUGGACCAAACGACUUUGUCUUUUCAUUAACUGAUCUUUCAGCAGUUCGGAUGUUAUUGCAUUGUAUGUGAAACGGAGUACCAGUAAAAGCACCCCAAUAAAGGUUUUUACAUAGUAAUGAUUGAAAAAAAUUCUAAACUAGGAACAUUGUCAUUACUUUCUUUAAUGCAGGAUGUGAUUCUGUCACAUGGGCCGUGUAAAGAGCAAUAGCAUUUAAAUAUGUUAUGUGCACAUUUCCUCAUCCAUUAUGCAAAUCUAACUUUUCCCAUGAUUUGUACUGUUCCAGAGUUGUCUAAACUUGGGAAAUGAGGCCCCGUGGGAUUCAUCUUGGAAUUUUUUUCAGGGGGGGUUGCCUUUGAGAUGAGAUUGCAGUCACGGAAAGCGAAAGUUGAUUUGUAUAAAAUUACAUUGUGGUGCCUUUCUGAAGGAAAUUGUAAUGUCAUAGUGUCAUUUUAUCGCCUACGCAAUUCGGCAAAAGUUGAAAGACAGCACAGUGAGCUGAGAAGGACAAAAGGAGACAGUGUGCUUUGGGCACAGUAGAAAUUAAUUGCUAGCCUCCAAAAUCCAAAUAUUUAUUUCAGUUCUCUUAACAGUGCUUCUUUUAUGUCUGUUUUACAGAUGGGUUUGGGCAUUGCAAAUCUAUGGAAUACCAACAUCUGCCUCCCCACAAAUUCCUAGAAGAAGGGGAAUCCUACCUAACGCUGGCUGUGGAGGUUGCCUUGAUUGGCCUGGGACAGCAGCGAAUAAUGCCAGAUGGCUUGUAUGCACAAGAGAAAGUUUGUCGGAAUGAGGAGCAACUUAUUUCUAAGCUGCAAGAAAUUGAAUUAGAUGAAACGCUGGUAAAAAUCUUUCGAAAGCAAGCGGUCUUCCUCUUAGAAGGUAUGUAAGCUGUGUCAGAUGUCUGCAGUUCAAGGUUAGGCUGCAAACAGCAUUUGUGUUUUAUUGUACAAGUAUGCUUUAGUUUGUAUUUACUAGAAAGUCAUUGCAAUUGGUAUUUUUUUUUAAUAAUCAUUUAACCUCUCUCUGUAUAAUUGUAUAUUUCCAUCUGAAACCUGUAUGUUUAUAUGUAUGUGUAAAGAUACAGUGUGAUUCAUAUAUCAAUCUUUACAUAAAGCUUAUUUUGAUGCUGGUGAUUUGAUUUUUUUUUUAGUGACACAAUGUUAUAAUUCCUGUUUAUCCUCUCAUGAAAAAGUAAUGAUGCACUUUUCUCCAUUUAGCUGGCCCAUACAGUGGUUUGGGCGAAAUUAUCCAUCGAGAGAGUAUUCCAAUGCACACAUUUGCCAAGUAUCUCUUCACCUCCCUCCUACCUCAUGAUGCUGAAUUGGCAUACAAAAUUGCACUGAGAGCAAUGAGGUAUGUAUUACUUUGUUGGUCUUCCUAGCACCGCAUGUUUUCCAUGAGCCAUGCUUGUGUGAGGCAAUAUCAUUUGCAGACAACGCCCAAAAUGUCUCCUACGGGAGGAAGGAUACAGGGGAUAAUGUGACCCAUCACCAUACUGACACAUUCAUUUUAGAAUGGAAUAUUUUUCUUUUGCUAUUCUUGGACACAUGAAUAUUGAAAGUAAUGUUUAAUUACAAGGCAGCUCUGUUUCUGUAUCCUUCUUUAUACGUUCCAAGUACACUCACAGUCAAAUGGAUCUAAUUUAGGACUUUGAUCUGAUCCCUAACAAUUCUGAAUUUAAACUUAUUUAGGGAAAUUCAUUGAGUGUACUUUGUGUAUGUGUGUGCUUAUGUGUACAAAGGCUGGUUUUUUUUGUUAAGUUUUUUUUUGCAUCAUCUUCAAGUCAGACCCUUUAUCUCCAUGUGAGAGAGAACAAUGUUGGCUUCACCUUCUGUCUGCCCAGUUCUUCCUUUAUGGAUGGACCCCCCUCCGUCCGUUGUAGUAUACUUCAUUUGUCUUGUGAGUGCAGUAAUGAUUAUAGAUGCAGCAACACCAACCUGAAAUAGAGUAUGCUCAUUGACCCAUCUUUUUACAUGGGAUAUACAAUUUCCGUUUGGUUUUUGGUUUUUUGAGACCAACCUAAUAGGUUUUAGGACUUUUAUAAUUUUAUCUUCUCUAAUUCCCUACAGAUGUUCCUACCUUGUUCAUUUGUAUUGUUAUUCCUUUUUCUGAUUAUAAAUAUAAAAGCAACUAUAUAUGUUUGUCAAAUAUUAUGUGUGUGUGUGUAAAAAAACAGAUAACAUUUGUAUCUGGUAAUACCUUUUUAAUGGACUAACAGAAUUCUUUAAUGACAAGCUCCCGAAAGCUUGUCAUUAAAAAAAAUUCCACUUGUCCAAUAAAAAAAAGGUAUUACAAGAUACAAAUGUUAUCUGUUUUUACAUCUACAUCACUGGACUAAUACGGCUACAAUCUCUACUUGAAAUAUAGAGAUUGAUAUAUAGAUAACAGCAACUAGAUGCAUACUGUACUUGCAAAAACAGAAUAUUCAAGGAUAUCAUUUUUCAUUGUAUGGUAAAUGCUUCUUGAUCCAAGGAUUAAUCUGCCAUUCUGGCGGCAAGGAGGAGUUAUUUUUCCUAGUUUGUUGCAAAAUCAGAAGUGCUUCAAACGGUUUUUUGUUUUUUUUUCCUUCUUUGGGAUCAACAGCAAAAAGCAAAUGUGAGGAAGGCUGAAUGUGAUGGACACAUGUCUAUUUUCAGCCUAUGUAACUGUGUGUAUGUGUGUAUUACACAUAUCUGCAGACAGGUAUAGAUUUGAUAUGUCUACUAUUUUUGUGAGUGCUUACCUAAGGUGGAAGAUAGCAUUUUACGUCACAUUAUUGCACCAGAAUAUUUUGUACAGCUGGCGUUCUUUGUUUUAUGUUUUAUAUAUAUUCCCCAAAACUGGUUAUGUUAUAUACAGGAACUAAACACUUAGAGUGAUGGGCGUUGUAAUUACAUAGCUGAAGAGUUACUGAUGGGCAGCCAUGUUAAUUAUAAUGCAUCUACUUUUCCACUGCCUCAUAUUAUGAUUAUUUCAUUGAAAGAAUACGUUGCUGUGGCCAGGUCUUGAUGUAUUAAGCCCUUGAAGGGCUUUGCAGAGUGAAGCAUCGGUAGAACCAUCUACUUUCAUUAUAUCGAUUUUUGUACUACUGAUUUUUAUUUUAUUUUUUUUCCUCUUUCAUCUGACCCUCUGGUAAUAAGCUGUGUGACCUUAUUGGCAGGAACAUCAGGGGUGGUCAAUAAGUGCUGAAAGCAGCAUAGUGGGUACAAUAAACUGUGAGGCACCUGGGGAAAUUGCUUUGUUUAUUAAGUUUAGUCCAUUGGCUGACCUUUAAAUAAUGGUUUCUCUGCCAGUGCUAAAAUGGGUUUUGUUCAUACAGGUUGCUAGUGCUGGAGACCACGGCUCCGACAGGAGAUAUGUCCCGCCCACACCACAUUGCCUCAGUUGUUACUAACCGUUAUCCCCGCUGGUUUACCCUAAGUCAUAUUGAGAGUCAACAGUGUGAGCUGGCGUCUACUAUGUUGACAGCAGCCAAAGGUAAGCUUUUUUUUAUUUUAUUUUUUUAAAGUUAACCUUCAUACUUAUUUACUUCUUACUUGCUUUAUUGUUUGAUUUGUUUUUUGAUAGUUGGCUAUAAAUAGAUGGAUUUUCAUUAAGUAUCCUUUAAAGCACAGAUUGCCGAGGUAGAUCCCAAGAUUUAAUUUUAAGAAAAUAAUCUUUUUGCCGAAUUUGACUAAGGCUUCAUUCAUACGUCUUAACAUAGCAGUUCCACAUGCAAUGAUUUUUCAUUGUGCAGAUUGUUUUUCUUUUUUCAAUGACUGUGCCAACAUCUUGUUUGCUUUAAAAAAAUAUAUAUAUUUUUUGUUUGUUCGCAGGUGAUGUUAGGAGACUGGAGACAGUGUUAGAGUCCAUCCAGAAGAACAUCCACUCCUCAUCACACAUAUUUAAACUUGCACAAGAUGCAUUUAAAAUAGCAACGUUAAUGGACAGCUUACCAGACAUAACACUUCUCAAAGUAUCUCUGGAACUAGGCCUUCAGGUUAGUAUGCUGCAUUCAUUCUACCAUUUAAAUAUUGUGCUCCUUGAGAAUCAAGUGCUAAUUUUUCUGCAGUUUGUUUUUGAGUAUUUUAGAAAAAUAUUUUACAUUCAUCGUUCGGUAUGUGUAACGUUUUAAAGGAUGUUUGUGGUCAAAAUUCUGUUAUUAACAACCCUAAAUAUGGAGGUUCUCAAAACUACUGUGUCGUGCAUCACAAAAAAAAAACCAUAUAUAUAUUAUAUGUUAUACUGAGCUAGGGGUUCAUUUAAACUGCUAGGCUUCUCCAUUUACUGCAGUAAGUAUGCAUGUGAACUUGUCAUGUCAUUGUAGGAACGUGUUCUAAGUUGAUUCGUGACUCAUCACGUAUAUUAGAUGUCAUGUCUCCUGGUACCUAAACUUACCCCAUUUAAAGUUCUCUGUGAGUGAUGAGCGUUAAUAAAGCAAUGGUAAAGAUGGACAACCUUUUACAUAUCCAGAUGACAAAGGAUUACUUUUUCCAUGAUUCCUUGCCUGACUAUGGCCUGAACCAGGGAUGGACAAAUUAUAGCUCCCCUAUUUGUUGCAAUACUACAGCCCUUAUGUUGCUUUACCAAUCACAUGGUGUCCUGGGAAUUGAAAAUCUCAAACAGCUGGUUAUCUUCUUCCUGGUCGACCCUGGGAUAAACUGAAUUUCAACUUCCAGUAAAACAAAAAAAAAGUUAAAUUACAGGGAUCUGUAUAAAAGACAGCAGUAGUUUAGUUUUAUUAUGGAAGUACAUUUUUUAUUUUAUUUUAUAAAUUUAUAUAUAUAUAUAUAUGUGGCCUUUGAACACAGAAAUAUCAAUACCAGCCGAGGACAUGGUGGAAAGUAUCCAACCUCUAAUUGUAUCAUGGGUGCAUGAAGAUAUACUUGGCCAUAAUGCCCUGUUGCAUUUAAUUGACCAAGUGGAAAUGUUUGUUAUAUGGUUGCCCUUUGUUAAUGAGUAUAUCACUGUUGCAUGCUUUUCUGUUUUGUAGGUAAUGCGAAUGACGUUGUCCACAUUAAAUUGGAGACGGCGUGAAAUGGUUAGAUGGUUGGUAACAUGUGCAACUGAAGUAGGUAUGUAUGAACCAUGUUUUCUUAUAUUUACCUUUGGUGAUUUAUUAUCACUUGCAUAAAAGUUUACAUUUCAAUGUAUAGUUAGAUACUAGAUUAAAUAGAUAUAUAUUUAAAUACUCUUUAGUUAUCACUUAAUUUGUAUGUCAAUAAAACUUAUUUCGCUUCCCUUUAGUUGAAUUGUGUAUUUGAUAUCUUUAACUGUUAAAACACAUUAUCUAUGACUUUAAUAUUGUGUAUUAAGUUUUUUAGUAUGUUAUGACUCCCCCUCCCCCUGCAGCAUGUAGAGUUUAUUGUGAAAUGUAUAGGUUGUUCAAAAUUAUUAGCUUCCACUGCUGUGUGUAACUAGAUUGCUGCAUGAGGUUAAUAAUCAGUCAAGAAGAAAAGACUAAUAAUCUUCCUAAGCCUUACAGAAUUAUGGGAAGUAAAAUAGUAACCGUGGUCACACAGUAUUGAAAAAAAUAGACAGAAUCAACAGACACAUUGUAUUACUCAAAAAAUGAAUGGAUGUGGUGCAAAAAUGUAGUAUAUUCAGCAUAAUUGAACCGUUUACAAAGUGCUACAAUGAACUUUGAAGGCCCUUAGUUAUAUAGGCAUGUAGUUAUUUAAUAUAGAUAAUGGAACAUGCAUGUAAAAUUAUAGUCCGUAGAACAAAUUGUGUAUUUAUGAUAUUUCUCUCUAUCUAGGUGUAUAUGCACUGGACAGCAUCAUGCAAAGUUGGUUUACGCUCUUCACUCCUACAGAGGCCACUAGUAUUGUUGCAACAACAGUAAUGUCAAACAGCACCAUUGUCCGCUUGCACCUGGACUGCCAUCAACAAGAAAAACUGGCAGGCAGUGCUAGGACGCUUGCACUCCAGUGUGCUAUGAAGGACCCUCAAAACUGUGCCCUUUCAGCACUUACCUUAUGUGAAAAGGAUCACAUAGCUUUCGAGACCGCUUACCAAAUUGUACUGGAUGCUGCUACGACUGGCAUGAGCUACACACAGCUUUUCACAAUAGCACGGUACAUGGAGCACCGUGGUUACCCUAUGAGGGCAUACAAACUGGCAACGUUGGCCAUGACGCAUCUUAACCUGAGUUAUAACCAGGAUACUCACCCUGCCAUUAAUGAUGUUUUGUGGGCAUGUGCUCUCAGCCACUCCCUUGGGAAAAAUGAGCUAGCAGCGAUAAUACCUCUUGUAGUCACAAGUGUCAAAUGUGCAACAGUACUUUCAGACAUUUUGCGCAGGUGCACUUUGACAACUCCUGGGAUGGUAGGACUUCAUGGAAGGAGGAACUCUGGAAAGCUCAUGUCACUGGACAAAUCCCCUUUGAGACAGCUUUUGGAUGCCACAAUUGGGGCCUACAUAAACACAACACAUUCACGGCUUACACACAUCAGCCCUAGACACUACAGUGAAUUUAUAGAAUUUCUUAGCAAGGCCCGAGAGACCUUCUUAAUGGCUCAUGAUGGACACAUUCAGUUUACACAGUUCAUUGACAACCUAAAACAAAUCUACAAAGGCAAAAAGAAACUGAUGAUGUUGGUUCGGGAACGGUUUGGUUGAUGACAAUGUGUGAAUGGGGUGGGGCGGGGAGGGAGGGGAAGGUUUGUUUUUACUUGAGCCUGCCUUUGUAUCCUUUUUAACUUAAGAAAAAAAAAUGUCAAAACAAUACAAAAAAAAAGAGCCACACCGGUAUUAUAUGUACAGUUAUAUUGCGUUUGCAAACUAAGUUGUCAUGUUGUGAAAGUUUGUGUAUCUCGAUUUUCCUUAUUUUUUUGUUUUUCCAGUUAUGUGUGUAUGAAAGAAGAGAAGUUCAAUGUUUGGUUUACACUGAGUAUAUGUUGUCAAGUGGCAAAAGCCCACAUAGCUCUCCUGUUCCUUCUGUAUAUGUUCACAGCCUCAAAGGAAAAAUCCAAUGGCUUUAAAAGAAUUCUGAAAAAAAAAAUGGAAAAAAAAAAAUCUUUUUUAAAAAAACAACACAAAAACCAAACUACAAAAAAACACCUCCAUCUUGUGACAAGUACCUCGAAUGGAUCCAGCUUUACUCCUAUAUCUCAUCCUUACACUUUACAUUUCAAUGUAUUUAAUACAAGAAAACCCCUAAAAUGACAAUAUUAGUAAACAAAAAGGCUGAUUCCGUGGCUUUUGCAAUGCUGUUCAUCUAGAAGCAUGGCACACAACGCUUGUGCACGUGGAAACUUAGCGGCUGUCAACAUACAUUCUCAGGGAUUAUCAAGAAAAAAAAAGAAAAAAAAGAAUGAGAGCAUUUAUUGUACUGUAUAUAUAUUAUAGUAUAUGUCUGAAUAUUGAAAACAAAGUAUAACAAUAACUAAUUUAUAAAAAAAAAAAAAUAUUCUAUGUAAUGCAAAAUACUUGAAGCUGCAGUAGCUUGGUUUUUAAAUGAACUAAACCGAAAAGGAAAAACAUAUCAAGAAGUGAGAAGUGAGCCUUGCUUCAGUGUUGGCUCAGGUGGUGAACAUAUGUGCUGGGCAUCUAUGCAGAGCCACCGUGUUAGACUGCAUGGCUGGGCUAAUACCUGUUAGAAAAUAAAUGACACUUUUUAGCCUUGAUCUAUACAUCUGUAGGAAUAAUUACAUAAAUAUGCGCACACUUGGCAUGAAGAUUUAAGGGAUACAACUACACAGCCAGAGCAGCGGGCCUUAGCAUUAAAACAUAUAAUAUGCCACAGUAGGGAUUUGUGCCUCCCUUGCAGAUAGAACUUCCAAGAUCCUUUUACAAUAGCCAAGAAAAUGUAAUCCAAAUCAAUUGACUUAAUACAUUGCACCUUGGCAGUGGGCUAACAAUAAGCUAAACAUUGUGCACAAAUAAUAUAUAUAGAUAUAUAUAUAUAUUUCUGCAUAGGUAUUUUGACUUUGUGCAGGGCAGAAAGUUGUGUAGGUAUGACUGUUCAACUUUUCAGUUUAGUUUCUUUUUUGUUUUACUUUUAUUUCUUUGUUUUAUUUCUCUAGAUUUACUCAAAGCAAAACAGCCUUCUAUCUUGCCUUGUCUUAAUGCUUUAAAAUAACCAAACUGGAGAUCUAACUACCAAACUGUUCAUUAUAUAAUUAAAUACCAACUUAUUGGUUCCAAUAUUGUGUCUUUAAUUUUAGCUGAAUGGUUCCUGUAUCCUUGUGCUUUUUAAAGAGCCGUUUUUAUGUUUUUGGUGCAAAAGUUGUCUCGUGUCUCUUCCCUUAAUUAGAGAACAUGCUAUAGGUAUGUUUGUAAGUAUUUUUGUUUAGGAAAAAAAUGUUCAUGCUCUUCAUUUUAUUUAUUAUACUAGGUAAAAGAAAGUUGUACUUCAUCACCCCAUGUAAACAUGCUCAUGAAGUUGAAAGUAAUUAAGAUUUGAUACACUGAUAUCAAUUUAUUUAUGUAACUAAAUCACUGUUUUAUAAACUUGUUAAUGAUCAACAAUUUUUUUGUUUUGAUUAAAAUUAGUUUUUUGAAACUUGA